GAAGCUGUUUUCUCCUUUUUACGCGCGUCGUGAAGCGUAUCGGACUUCACUCCUCCUCUCUUUCUGAACCUCCCCGCACCAGGACGCAUCUCUCUCUCUCUCCCUCUUUCUCCCACUGAGGCUGUUUUAACUUUCCGAAGGCGACUACAUUUCAGUCGACUCUCAAGGUAAACGCUUUAUUGGGGAGGGGAGACCUUCGUAUUUAUAGAGGAGAGAGAUUACGAGCUGUGACGGCGGCGUGUGUGUGUAUGUGCGUGUGUUUGCGUUUUUAUCUGCCGAGCGGAGACCUGUUCGCUAGGAAAUGAUUGGCUAUUUCUUGAAAAUGAGAAAGUCGGGAAAAUGUCUUUUUCCUUGGGCGACACCUUCGGCAGCUUAGCCAUAAUGCACUGGAAGGAACAAGCGAGUGUUUGCAUCUUCCAAAAAACAUCUGGAUUGCCAGGAACUCAAAGGUAGGGGAAGAAAUUCACAAUUUAAACAAAGAAAACACAAAGCUUUCUUGUUUUUUUGUGCGCGUUUUGCAUGCAAUGUCGCGCGUAAAUCGAACCAUCAGUUGUGUCUAAAUGAUAAUCUGAUUAUAUUUUGACAUUACGCACGAAGUGUUCAGUUUUAAAUGGGAUUUACUCGAGUUAAGUGUCGCAAUGUGAUGCGUGCGUUGUGCUGUUGUUGAUGAAGAACUCUGCACAGUUCCCACCUGCGUCCGCCGGAGCAGAAAUCCAUCUCCACCUCUUUGUGUGUGCGUGUGUGUAUGUGUGUGUUAUGAGUGGAGAUAUGCUGCUGGCAUGAAGUCAUCAAGUCACUCUGUGUGCCCCUGCACUGUCAGGAGUGUCUUUUUGUCCGUGCACAGAGAUGUGUGAACCUGCUCCAUGUGUGGCCGGAGAGUGCUGUCAGGGACAUUUCUCACCCAGUAAACAAAGACAGCAAGGAGACAAAAUAAGAGAGGACAAGGAGCGGUACUGUGAGAAUGAUUAGUUAGUUUAAUUAACAUUUAGACGCUGAAGUAUGUUGUUUAAGUUUAAGUUGGUGACGGGUUUGUCGGUCUAAGAGCUUUGGCGAAAUGAGGAGGUGUGCAAAAAGGAGUCUGGAUCCUUACUCUUAAGUCACACACAUCUAUCAGUCCCCACCUCUCUGUUGCCUGCAACAAUUGGGUUGGCACAAGCGAUGUCAGGUCUCAUCGCAGAUUGAACUGCAGCCCUAAUAGAGUGAAAAACCGCAUCCAGGGAGAGGCUGCUUUCAAACUCACAGCUUUAGUAGAACACCUGGAACAACAGAUUUUUUUACAUCUACCUAUCUAUCUAUCUAUCUAUCUAUCUAUCUAUCUAUCUAUCUCAAAUUAACAGGGACUUUCAAAGAUAAAUGCAAAAUCCUGUGCGUUGCCAUAAAUAGACAAUGAAGACAACUUUCCCAGCCUUCCUCUCUCUAACAACAAACCACAGUCUACAUUCCUGCCACUGACAGCUACGUCUCCUUGAAUUAUUCAAACACAUGUGGUGGGGACUUUCAAUGAAAGAUUUACACAUCAAUGAACACUUUGAAUCAUCUGACGGAGGUGUGGAAAACACUAAGCCGAGUGAUAAGAGCGUGGUGGUACAGGAGAAGAGACGAGGAGAUGAGGACACGAGGGUCCAAGGGAGGAGGAGGAGUGCCGAAGCUUCCUUUGCUUGGGGUUUAAUGUUUUAUCAGCUUCACAGAUAGACGUUCGGACAGCGAGGGGACAGACUAUCAGCAGCGAGUGCUGACACAGGAGUGGGAUUCAGAUUAAUUUCAAGUGGAUUAUGACAUUUUUACUCAGUCCCCUUUGAUGAUAAUAGUCCAUAAAAGGAUCAGUCAAUAUGGUUUUAAGCCCAUUACUCACUUCAUCCUCUGUCACUUAAUCUGCCACUGGACUUUCAUGUGCUUAAGCCAGGGGAAAGGUUCCCUGACAAAUGUGCAUUCUGACUUUUUCUGCAGUGCACGCAGGAUCCACAUCCUGGAUCAUCAAUAACUACCUGCAGCCCUCUGAUUUAGCAUAAUUUUGAGACGGCAAGAGCUUUCAAAAUGAAAUUACAGGAAGAUGAAGUUGUUGUUGUCUUGUAUGCGGUAUCCAGGAAAAAGCUGCAAGAGACAGAGAAUGAAUGGGAUGAGUGGGUAAACAUGGCCGACAGAUAAGACACAUUAGUAUUCAGCAGCAUCCUGCCCGCUGGCCUCAAGGCCUGGUUGAUAAUACCCGUUCCAAGCUUCAGGGUCAGAGGUCUGAGGCUGAUUGGCAACGGGCUGACACAGGGAAAUAAAGUGUGCUGACUGGAGUCUAAUGGGGUUGAAGCGCAGGGAUGUAUCAGCAUGGCUGGCAUGUUAGCAAAGUCUCAUUCUUAUCCCCGCUCACCUGGAUGCUUACAGGUUGUUCACUAAUCUAUUAGCCCCCUUGUCAGGCGCCUUUGGGCUCUCCUACACUGCGCCACACAGGCCUUGUUCUUUUGCCUCUGUCACGCUGAAUUGUUUUCCCCGCAACAGCGUUUGCUCUGCCUCAUUUGCUUUCAGCGGUACCUCCCAGCUCUUCAUACCUCCCAGCCGCCGCUGUCUACCAGCAAAGUCUAAACGCACUCAUGCAGAGAAUCACAUAUAAGUAUGAUCUCUCUCUCUCCUCCGUCUCUGCCAAACACUGUCUUUCUCUCCCAAACACUUCCACCCACUUGUACACAUGUAUAUUUACUCGCAGCCACACAAGCACAGAUCACAGACGCCCUCUAACAAAUGUUGCACAUGCAUGAACACACACACACAGUGGUGGUUAUUUCUGGUACUUUCAUCCACACUCACUCUAAAAGUGUCCUGCACAUCAUGUUGCGCUAAAACAGCUUAUUCACACUUGCAUUGCCAUUACCUUUAAAAAAAAGCACUACCCUGCACCACCAUGCAGCAACUUGUUUGGUGGCAUGACAACCGCAAACAAAAUUCUCAGCACAGCCCAGAGUAAUGACACCAGAAGUAAUCUGCUGUCAACCUCGAAAGGUUUUGUACCGAGGUGGAGUGGUACAGCGGCGGAAACAGGGAAGUGCUAUACAUAUCAUUACAACACUUAUCUAUCAGAGAGGCUUUGAUAUGGUUGACUACGCUAUCCAAGCAAAGACACACUCUGAAACGUUGGUUUAUUUUACCAUGCAGUUUGUUGGUACAGAUUAGCUGGUGCACAGUGUGCCCACUUUGCUUUGUCCGUUUUGAUUUAUUUUUGCUUCCCUGUACCAAAGGGCACGCCAAGUGGUUCCAAAUUGGGACCACUGCUCUUUACCAUGUAGAUAAAUAACCUUGGGCUAAUUUACCAGGUGAUACCUCUUGUUUGUUCCUUUCAUUUGGACAAAUGCUGCAUUUAAGGGCUCCUUGAACAGUCCCCAUUACAGAGUUAGGGAGUCAUUUCUCUGACUUUGGUGUGCUUGUAUGCUCUUAAUAUGAAAAUAUUGGUCUUUUCUGACUCAUAAACCAAGGUUGAAUGCAGCCUGGCUGGGCCAUCCUGUUGCGUGAAUCACUUGCCGUUCCGCAGAAGACGUCGGAUAUAAACGAUUUCUGCCGACUCUGCAAAGUCGACUGCAGAAUUAAUGGCGUUCUGAAUGAACGGCGCUUUGAAAAGUCCAGCAGCAUGCGUUAGACGUCACCAUCUACACAUGGACCAAUCAGGGGCCGCCUUUCCCUGUUGUCCGGGUAACAGUAGAAACACGGUCUCUGAUUGGCCCGGUUAUUUUCUGAUCGGGAAUACACGCUCCCAAUGGGCCGGAGUCCAGACUGUUGUGGGAAGGAACGGCAAGUAAUUCACGCAACAGGAUGGCCCAGCAAGGCUAGGUUGAAUGCUAAUCAAAGCUAAAAUGUUGCUUAAGCUAACAUACCUGAUUAGAACUGGGCUAUAAAAAGAUAACGGUAAACAUCGAUAAUUUAUUUCCCACUAUAUCAAUAUAAAACAUGCUCAAUAUGCUUUUCGAUAGUCAGCAUUCUGCCAUGUUUUCAAUGAAAGGGGGAGUUGCUCCGGGUCCGCUUCGUGCUGAACCAAUCGUGCUGAAUUAGCACCAAGUAGCAAACAACUGGGAAGUAGCAGGCUGCAGCUACAUGCAACCAUAGCACUUUAACAUGUGGAGCCGACACCAAUAAGCACUAUUCAAUUUAAUCUUUUAUAUAUGGUGAUAUAUAUCGAUAUCGACUGAUAUGAAAAAAAAUAUAUUGUGAUAAACUUUUUACCAUAUCGCCCAGCCCUAUACCUGACUCAUUAUCAAGGGCUAGAUACCAUACUGAUGUAAAUGAAUGACUUUUCUAAUGAGUCUAGGUUGGUCCAUGUCUAGAAGAAUCAACAGCGUUACCAUAUUACAAGUCAGAAAUGUGCAAGAAGUUGAAGUGCAAUAUGUGAAUUGAUACAAAGUUUGUUGACAUUGAUUACUGAUGGCAAAUAUUAAGUCAGGUUGAGCUCAUUUUGAUGUAUUGAAGAGAUGGGAUUUAUGCCUCUUUACAGGGAGCCAGAUCUUGAAGAACCAUUACUGUUCAAUAGACCUGCUCAUUCGUGAAUAUCACAUCUCUCAUGUAUUGUUUACAAGGGAAAAACACUCUACAACAGGGCAUCAUGGCUGUGAACAGGGCUUGGUGUUCAGGGUGCACAUGCUUCACUAUUUUUUGGUUUGAAAGAACCAAAGAGGUUACAGUGACAUUUAUUGUGACCCCAGAGCGCACAUCAUGACAGCAGGGUUGUGAUGAGCGAUGUAAAACCGCUUCAUCUGGUCACCUUUUGGACCAGAUGGUUUUUCAAUCUCAAAUCUGCUCCGAGACCCUCCAAAGUAUCUGUCCUCUUGCAGUCUGUUUCUUAUAACGAUAAUAAUUUGGCGCUCCUGUAUCAAUGAAGUUGGGAUUUAUCGAGGUUAAACUGUUAUUUGUAUACUCUUUGACUCAACUAGUAUAACUUUGCUUUGGAUAAAAAAAGCUUUUUGCCUUUUCAAAAACUCCGGGACCCCAGGGGGAGUUAUGUAAGAGAUGUCUUUGCACCCUGUUAGAAGCAAUAAAUAGAGAGCAGUACAAAUUUAUGAAAGAGUGGAUUCGGUUCAUGUCCUUUAAAGUAGUUUUGAUUAUUCAUCAACCUCACCCAGGAGGUCGUAGCUACUUUCGAACAAAUUAUUACUUAGAGGAGGCAUGGGCGGAGUAUUUUAAGGACACUUAAAAUACCUGCUAGGGAGACGCCAGAGGCCAUCCUUCCUCCGAAAAGCAGCAGAGUUUGCAGCAUCCUAAGUACACAGCAACCUCAGCACCUGUUCUCUUUUAGUUUUUCAUGAGAAUUUGUUAGUACCCAACUAAUUCAAGAACCGCGUGAACGUACAAUCCCUGGAGCUACACGUGGGCCAAAGGGCGCACUGGUGUGCAACAACAGAGUCAGCAUAUUCAGAUGCAUUUGGUCCGAUGGGGGGAGGAACCAUGAAAACUCUGUAGACUGUCCAGUGCUUACUGAGCUCGAAGAAGCCUGGGAGCACGGGGGUCGUAUUUUAUUCAUGGGGAAGAAAAUAUGAAAAGUGUAGCAAACAUGAACCCUACGUUAGGGGAAAUGAAGGAGGGGAGUCAGUGAGAAUGGAAGAACUGAACCUCUGAUGAAAAAUACACAAAUCACAGUCCAACAUUUGAUGUACAGCUUUUGCAAAAUUUAAGAUUUCUAUAUAGGCAGAUGUUAUGGACCAGGAACAACCAAAGAAUAGAGAAGAUGCAUAAAUCACCCUUAAGCCAAUUAGAAUACAAGUUAUAACUAUUAACUAUAAUCCGUUAUGCUAUUCUAACAUGGGAGUUUACAUUGUGUAUAAACUUCUCUUUAAUGGAAUAACCAUCUUUUCCAAUAAAUAGUAAAUAAUUUGCUCACGUAACUGUUUUAAUAAAGCAGGUUACUCACACAGAGGUUGAAGAGUGACUACUUUAUUCCUUAAGUGAGCCAAUAGGGUAACCCUUUCUUUUACGGUACACUUAUUACCAGGUAAUUAACAGGUAAUUACCUAGUAACAACAUGGAAUUAUCUGGUAAUUACAUGAUAACUUCUCAGUCAAUACUGACUAGUUUUUCUUUUUUCUUUUUUUCUGUGCAGCUCCAUUUUCAAAAGCUAUUUGCCGUUCUUAUUUUCUAUGAUUGACACUCGAUGCAGCCUAUGGGCGUGCGAAGAUUGCGUGGUGAUACGCUGUUUGAGCCGAGCAUUAUCAUAGCGACUCACCCGCCGAAUGUGUACAAUGCUACUGCACAAGUGGUGGUUCCAGGAAGCGGAGAAAAUCCUGGAAAUACCAGAGCAAUUCGGCUUCAAAUUUGUAUGAUGAUGGAAGGUUACCUACCUGGUAGCUAGACAGUAUUGACUUAGUAGUUAUCAUGUAAUAACCAGAUAAUUUCAUGUUGUUACUAGGUAAUUACCUGGUAAUAAGUGUAUCGAAAAUAGUUAAGCGAUUGUGGUAAAAUUGUAAACUAAAAACACAUUAUCCCUUUACUGCUGAGUAAGUGUGAGUAUUUUAAGAGAUCUGUCAAAGAUGGUAGUAGUAAUGCCAGUUCAGAAGACUGUUUGUGUCUUGGGUUUUUUUUCUUUGUUUCCAGUUCAGUGAAAGGUCAAGAUCCAGUAAUUGGCAGAAGACCAAAUUUUUGUUGAUAACCUUUUAUUUCAAAAGUGAAAAAGGAUUGUAAGUCAGUAAUAGUUAUAAAUAUUUGAAUUAUUAAAAACAAUCGUGAUUCAGUAGAGAUGAGUCACGAAAUGCCAUUCAAGAGUCCAGCAAACUAUCUGAAGUGUGUGGGUUUUUUUGGGUUCGUUGACCCCUUUUUGGCUGUAGAGUUGUUUCAGGUCUCCAAAUCAUUCAUACAAGAGCUUCCAGUGAAAAGUAAACAGUUGGGGUGUCAUCUUCUAUCGCUUUCAGAUGCCCAAUGCAUGUUCCCCGAGUGCAUUCAUAUGUAUACAGCAGAUAUACAGUUUCCCUAAUGGGUUUAUAUUCGCACAUGCACCAACUGAGACCUGAGUGUAGUAAAUGCCACUUCCCACCCAAAAAGUGUGGUCUAAAAAAGAAAUAAAUGAUCGUUUUGAAAUUAGAUACUUUUUAAAAUCUAUCAUUAACUAGAAAUUAAUCACAAAAUGCCAAAAUUGCAGGGUUUAAAUGCACUUAGCAUGUGUCAGAUGAGUCCUCUUUUUCAAUUUUUCUCUUUGCUUUUUUUUCCUUUCGUUCACAAAGAAAUGAUUACAAGCAGCCAAGGCCAGAUAAAAGCAACAUGAAUUCUGUAGUAUGAAUCCUCUGAGCUCACAGGUGAAAGACACUUCUGCUGAUUCAUUGUGUUCCUGUCUUAGACUUGAACAGUAGAGCUAUAGAGAUAGACAGAUAUCAGUGUAAAUGAUCGUGCUAUGAAUGCUGUCCCUACAAUCGUAUGUAAGGUUGUGCAAGUGUAUGUGUGUGUUUGUGUGUUACUUCAGGUAUCUGGAGUGAGGAAGCAAAUUAAACUUAAUUAAAUCAUCUGCAGGGUGCAGUUCUUGACAGGCGAGACGCUGGAAAAGUUGUAGCUGCUGCUGCAGGAGCGUCGGCUAAACUUUGAUCUUUUGUGAGCAUGUGUUGGGUGAACUGUUACCUGCUGGUUUAUGUCAAAUAACAUUUUCCUCAAGUUGUUCUAUUGAUUCUGAAAACACUCUUUUUUUUUCUGUUGCUUCUUGUUUCCCCUCCAGAUCUCAGAGUGUCAGCCGCUGAUUGCUGCUAAAACCUUCAUUGACGUCAGCGUCGCACUGAGAAGCACAUCUGGUCUUAUUCCACUCAUCAGUGUACCAGCUAACGAGUUAACGUCACUGAGAACCUCCACCCGCUCAUCUGCUGAACCCUAGUGUUAUGGAGAAUCUCAGUGAGCUGCAGAACCCGUUGUUGGACAAAAACAGCAAGCACAUGGUCAAUGGUUAUGGGGGAGACUUUCCCAAUAACCAAUACCAGGAGAACAUUAUUAAUUACUUUGCUGGAGGAGGAGGAGGAGGAGGAGGAGGAGGAGGUGAGGGAGGAGGAGUAGGAAAGGUGGGGAAUGGCAAUGUAGUGAGCGGAGGGAGCUGUAACGCCAACGGGAAGAUAAAAUCCCAGCAGCUUUUGGACGCCACCUCCCUGCAUCUGGCAGUGGAGGCUUUCUACAGGCCCAACUUCAUCCUGUACAAAGAGGACAGCGGCAGCAUCAAGGCUAAGGAGUACAAAAGUGAGUGCUGCGAGACCACCUUCACGGAGAAGAAGGCGAAGGAGGCGUCCAACACAGCGGGGGCAGACACGCCUGGUACGGAGGAUCCCCAGGCAAAGCUGCUGGAAGACGGCGAACAUGUCAAGAUCCAGACGGUUUCCUAUGAAGUGGAGGAGGAGGAGUAUGUGGAGUAUGAGGUAAGAGAGGAAACACAUUAGCAGAUCAAAGGGCGGAGAUAGGAGGGCUCAUAUUACAGGCUGAGAUCAGCUUUGAAAAGCCAGUUACUUAGUUGAAUGUUGCACCAACAUCCAAAACAUUGCAUGAACCACCAGGAGUGAUCAAAUUUCAUAAAGAAACCUUUGCAGAUGUUAAACCCAGAAAAGUAAGUCAAGAUGAUACAGGGUAAAUGUUUCCCUUGGGUCAUUAAAACGUUGUGAAAAGUGUGAUCUUGUAUGGAAACAGACGUUAUAGGGAAAUGAGACUGCAAACAUUGUCCGUAGACUAGGACUGAGAUUACAUGAUCAUGAAUAAUGAUAAUUUUAAGUUUGAUCACGGCGAUCAGCUGUGAGCAUAUUUACUCAAUCAAACAUAGCGGAAAUGUGCGUCACAACAGCCAAUCAGAGUCUAGCUUUUUCUGAUCACUUCUGUAAGUUGCUGAAGAAGUAAACAGAGGAAGCAAAAUAGAUGUCAAACACAACUUUGAGUCAUCUUUCAAAGAUUCAAAGAUGGUUGUGUGGCAGUGGUUCCGGUAUCUCCAAAGUGAAGUUGAGCAAUUAAGCCGAUGUGCAGGGUAUGUUAGCAGUAGGUGCCCUCAAAAACCGGCAACACCACAAAUCUGUUUAAUCAUUUGAAGAAGUACUUCCCGAGUGAUUAUACGGAAAGCAUGAAAAAGCGAGCAAAGUCUGCACAGCCCUCCACGGCUGACGGCACGAGUAGCAUUAGCUGUUUACCCACAACUAGCGGUGCAGCCACCAGACCAAAGCAGCAAUCAAUCUAUCAUUCCCUGAAGUCACAUCCACUCUUUUCUAAAUCAAAUAACUAAUUCAAAAUUUUGUUUUUUUUACAAAAGUUAGCACACAGACCUAAGUUAGCAUUGGAAGAACUACAAUGAGAGACACUAUGCUAAAAAAAAAAAAUUAUCUGAUGUCUGUGGAAGUUUGGAUUUUUUUCCCCUCUGUUAAUACCUGGAGGUGGAGUGUGUGACCUAUACUGCAGCCAGCCACCAGGGGGAGCUCUAAAUCACCUGGUUUCAAGCUGAAUGGAAACUUAAACUGUCCCUUUUAUAAACAGUAUUUUGCAGUCAAGGGACAACUUUUCGGCAAAAUACUAACGAAUACUGCGCUGAGAUUAUGCUCAUGACAUGUUGUGGAGGCGUGGCAUGCGCUAAAGAAAGUCAAGGACUGCUAUUAUGCCUCAUCUGCUGUUUUAAACACAUAAAAAACUGAGUCAUGGACGGCUCAGUGACUCUUGGAUUAGGUUGUUAUAUUACAUCUUGAGUACUCUGUCAAUCAUGACGCCACAUCCCAAUUUUUGUAGCAUCCAUUACUGGACACAUCUGCACCAAAUGUUUUGGUUUCACUUUCAAGAAGCUGUUGUGUUGUCCAUUUUAACUGGUACUUGUGAGUUUGCAUUUUGAAGGAGGAGGGUUUUGGCAAUGGUGAGAUUAAUAUCAGAUGCCAUUUACAGAUCUGGGCCAUCAUUAAGAUUCAUAUCAGCAAGAUUGUUUGUACUUGUGUCUGUAGUGAGCUGUGCUCAAAAGCACCUUUCAAUUUGAAAUGAUAUAAACUUAUUUCAGUAAAUUGCUCUUAAGUAUAAAUACUCUGUGGGCGUAUGGAGAGCAGGAAAAGAAGCAGGUAUGCACAUUUCCAGGCAGACUGUCGCAUGCACAGGCUUUUAUUCAUCUGAAUUCUUUCCGUGCACACGCUAAUGUGAGCCUUGAGUUUGUAUGCCGACAGAUUCUCUGUGCUGUGAUAGGAAUGAGAUCUCUGGUUUGAAUACUUGUUGUAUGUUUGUGUGAGAAUGCCUUUUUCCUUGCUGUGUUUGUUUUUACACAUGUAUCCUCACAUGUUUGGGCUCCAUGCCCGGAUCAGACUGACAUUUCACUGACCACAAAUCCUAUUCAAUCCACCGACCUUGGCCUCAAUUCCUGACUCUAAAAUUCUGUCGUUAGAUAAUAAUAAAUCAUCCAUGCCUGCCUCAGCUUGGGGAUAUUAGGUGCUACAGCACUACGGCAUUAGCCACAGUAUUUUCACUCUGAACUGGCACGGCCAAUAGCACAAAGCACUCCAGAGGAUUUAGGGGGGAUUGGGCAGGCGGAAUAGGGUGUUCAGUUCAACCAGCAUUCGGCAAGACCUAAUGGACUGACUGCUACACACCCACGAGUCCGCUGGAAUUAACCGGGAUUUCUGUGAUAAACAUGUAGCUGCUGAAAUUCAACGUGACAUAGGUACAUAUAGCUUUGGGGUUCAGGGAGGAAUUUAGUUUUCACAUGAUGAUUAAAAAAAGCAAAAGAAACACGGUUCUGCAUUUGCUCCAGUUCGAUAAAGUGAUGAUUUUAAAAGUUUUUCGACCGUGCAGAAAUAAGAUAAGUUGAAAACAUUAUAAUGAACGAAGCGAGGGCCUCCUGUUAGCUGUUCAGAGGUUAAGUGUGCACAUUAACAUUGCUCACAUGCUUCCUUUCCACAAACGAACAAGCACAUAGAGGAGCAUUAUCAGGCCCCACGACUAGUGUUGACGUGUAAAGAGAAAAAAAAUACACAGUGGGGCUCAUUAUGGAGCCUCCCAGCAGCAGAUCAUUGACACCACAAAGUGCAGCAUGUCUCCUCCAGCCUGCACAUAGUCUGACACAACGCAAAGACCUCGGAUGGAAAAAAGCUCUAUUUCCUGAAAGCUUUAAUAAAAAAAUUAAAGCUCUGGUGAGGAGUUUUUUAGUAUCAGACGAUUUCAGCGCUACGUGAGCAAAGAGGUUCUCGUUGGUGAUCUUAUUUAAUUUUUCUAGACUCCACAUUUCAACCUGCCCUUAAAUAUAUUAUUAAUUUUUUAUAUUAGCAAUGGAAAAUUAAAAAAAAAACAAAACAAAAAACGUUAUUCUUUCAGCAUGUUUGUCUGACACCGCAGCGGUGGUUACAGACAAACUAACAAAUUAAUUAGCAUGAUUUGUUUAUGUGCUUUAUUGGGUCUUAAAGAGACAUCACCAAUAAUUUCAGUAUCAGGAAUUUUAAAAUGACUGAUUGUUGUCAAAUUUUAUUAUCUUACAAAAUUUACACCCUUGUAUGGUUUCAAUUAGUGUAACUGACUGAUAGAUAACCUAAGUAGCAAGAACCCAGUUUUAAAAACAUAACUCCAUAUAGUUAUUUUCUCUGCCUAAAGUUGCAUAGUGUACCUUUAAAAGCCCACUCUGAAAUGAUAGCUUGAACACUCGUCCCUGGUAGUAAAUGUACAUUUGUUUGCUCUAAACUGAACUCUGAAAAUUUGCAUUUGUGGAGACAUAGUGGCAGCUUAAAGUGGCAUUUCUGUUCAGUUUGGGGUUAUAGUUUGAUCAGUUCUCCUUCCCCUUUACAUAAAGCUGUUACUGUUGUGCCAACAUAGAGAUGGAAAGCUGGGGGGCUUAUCUGCAUUGUGUUGAAUUAUUAAUAAUAAUAGUUAAGUAUUUACACCGGCUCAUGUCCUCUCUCAGGUUUCUGUGUUUUUACAAGGUCUUUGUUGACUUAAGCUCUGCUGCUUCAUGUCAAUACAAAGCGUUGUGUGGGUGUUUAUUUACUGUUUGUCUUUGAGUGAUAUCCAGUUUGUGUUUUUACUUUUAUCACAAUGGGGCUUGUGCGGGGUUGUAGGUAUUCCAGUGCACCUCACUUCCACAUUCAAUUGUUCUUCAAUCUGGUUUUCCUCUUUGUUACAGAGGUACAGAGAAAGGUUUCCUCAAAGGGGGGAUGGGUUUUGGUGACCAAAGGCGGGAACAUGACAGGCUAUUUUCUGGUUUAAUCUAAACUGCUCCGUUCUUUUUGGUUGCACAGCAGUUGUGCUUGUCUGUAUUGUUCAAAAGAGAAAUUUCAGGAAACUGUCCUCGAGGAACGGUGAAUGUCUGUUUUCUGCUUCAGAGAAAAGAGAAACUCUCUGUGGCACAGCAAGGUGUCUCAUGUUUUAUUUGGAUUGUGGGUACAGUAAGGCUAGUGGGUGGCUUUUUUUGCGACAUGAUAAAACACUGUCAGCUCUGGGGCAGUGAGACAUGCAAGGGCAACAAUUUCUUGUAUUGUGAGUGUGAACAUUUUUAUCUUUUACAAUACAGUGCGUGGUGUGUAAAGCUGUUUAAUUUAUAGUAAAUAGAGUUCUUUAAGAUUCCCUUAUGGUGACAGAAUGAGCUGGAUGGUCACUUUACUGGGAAAAUCGCUGAAAUCAGUUAAUCAGAAUAUUUUUCACAUUCAGCUCAACUUUACUGACUAUAAUUUCGUGUCUUCUGACUUCUUUGUGAGUGGAGAUCUCAAAGUAUCAAGUCGAGUCACCCAGCAUGGCUUUUGGAUGAAGCUUGAAAUGCAGUACGGAAAAGGGACACUACACAAUUCUCACAAAGCAAGAGUCUAUGGCACAAAUAUACUUGCCUCAUUACUAACUCAUUUAAGCCCACUCGCAACAGUGCGUGACUGUCAGCUUUUUGUGUAGGGAAUCAUCUCUCCAAGUGUCAACUAUUGUUGCUGGUGGGCAGGUAGCUUGGAAGUAACAAUAUGAGAACACAGCGAGAGGACAAAGCAGAAAUUUGGUUCAUUUUAAAGUAGGGCUGGGCGAUAUGGGAAAAAGUUUGUCACGAUACAUCAGUUGAUAUUUUUAUGUAUCACGAUAUAAAAAAUCAAAUCUAACUGUGCUUAUUGGUAGCAUGUCUUUUGCGAUACAAUAAGCUACCGCCUCUAUGAGAUUUUUGUGUCUUUUUGACGUUUUGUUGAAUGGUCGGCUGUUUCGGCCGCACAGGCGCCAUGGGCUCCUCGCUCUGCUCGGGGUUUGUAACCUUUGAAAUUGCACAUGCUCUGCCACGUGGCAGUGCUUCAGGUGGUGAAAACGGUUUGAGGUAUUCCUCGACUUUGUGAGAACAUGUACUUGACAUAAUUUGGAGUGCACAUUACUCUGCUUCAUGUCCGACCUCAAAAGACCAAAAUACCUCCACACCACCGACGUUUUCGUGCCAGUGUUGUCGACAAUGUCUUUUUUUUUCAUUUUCUUUUUUUCUCACAGUGCUGUUGGCUUCACGUGUUAAAGUGCUUUGGUUGCGUGGAGCUGCAGCCUGCUACUCUGCAGUUGUUUGCUACUUGGUUCUGAUUCAGCACUUGAUUGGUUCAGCACGAAGCGGACUCGGAGCAACUCCCCUUUUUAUUGGCUAAUCGUAUAGUCUACCACAACAUGGCAGAAUCCCAACAUUUGAAAAGGAUAUUGACAAUGUUUUGUAUUGGUAUUGAGGGAAAUUCAUUUUUGAUAUAUAUUGUUAUCAUUUUAUCGCCCAGUCCUAUUUUAAAGGUACUGUGUGUACAAACAGGGAUAUUCAGACGUUCUGGACUUGUUCACUUCCUCGGUCGACCCUCCCAUGAGUGAUGCUAAUGGUGACCAACGGCAGCAACUGGGGACAGAUAGAGAAUACGAUGGUUAAGUCCAAUCCUCCUUUUCAACAAGUUUUACCAACAAAAAGGUCUUUCAACACAAAUCCUAAGACAACCUCUCUCCUCGUCUUUGUCCAUCCAUUCAUAGAUUUGUUAUUCCUGAUUAACACAGAGGUAAUGUUAUAUCUUUUAAUGAACUUGUUGGUGUUUAUUUACUUUUUAAAGAAUAUGUUAAAUAUGCAAACACUUAGCUUUGUCUCACACACUGUUAAAAUAAGUGUUUUGUUGAAAAUCAAUUUCCGAAUCAUAUUGUGUUCUUAGAGAGCUAAAUUAAAUUCCCCUGUUAUAAUAGAAGAUACAGUGUUUUUGCCCACCGGCAUCAAUAGCUGCUGCUCAUUCAGAUAAGAUUUCCCUAAAAGGAAAACACAAACUGGUGGAAAUAAAAGCCGAACAUGUUCAUGUGAGACUCAUUUAACUUGUUUAUAUGCAUAAAAAACAUUGCACAAACAUCCCUUCCCCAUGUGUCUAAUACAUAUACAGUAUGCUGCUGAAUGUAAAUGGUUUUGUAUAUAUGUAAAAGUUUGCCAGUGAGGUUGAACUGUCAUGAGAUGCACUUUUAAAAAAAAAUAUGAAGCUGUUAACUUUUUAAUUCAAACAAGACAACUUCCCGACAAAAUGAGCAGAUGCUUCUUUUUCACGCUUUGCAUCUCUGUUUUUAAAUCCCUCUACGUUUCUCUUCGGGAAGCAGCUUCUCCCUAAUGAACUGUAUUGAUUUAAUAAAGGGAUCAGUAAGGUGUAAUCUUUUUCUCCCGAUUCAGCACAAAACUCACCAACUCAAAAAAGAGUUUGUGUCCCAAAUAAUUGUGUUUCUGACGCUUAACUGCCUAAUCCAUAAUCAUCAAGUCCUGCUCUUUGGGAUGAUACAGACGUUACUAAUGCAUAUUAAAAAGUAGUCGGAGAAGAUUUCAGCAGCAAAUAGGGACACUUCCUAUAGGUCGAACAAAAAGUAGAUUUAAACAUGUUUACAGCCUAGUUUGGGGUUGUUAUUGUACACUAUACAGUGCCCAGCAUAAGUCAGUACACCCCCUUUUAAAAGUAAUGUAUUACUCAAUAUCUAGAUGAGCAAAAAUACAAUUUCCAAAAUUUUGACAAGGCUGAGUUUAACAUAAUAUUUUAUUUACCAUAAAGGUCCUUAUACACCGGGAACGACGCAAAUAUACGGCGCAGAAUUACAAAAUAUUCAGAGGCGAAUUUUGACGUGCCUGACUAUACACAUCAAGUGCAAUGCGAUUUUGCGACUUUCUGGGGGGAAAAAAGAUGCAUCCCGGGUGGAAAGUCUACGUCAACUUCAAGUGAUGGCGAAUUGGUACUGGUAAUAAGAGCUACCAUAUGCCGCCGUUACUGAAAACAGAAAACAAAACAGCAGACUGACUGUUUUUCAGUUCUGAUUAGACUCUAGUGUUGAGAUGUCUGUCUGUCAUGAUAGCAUGUACUGAGUCGGGGCCAGUACCAGAUAAGCACAUUAAACUAUAAUCCAUAAAUGUAAGGUAACAACCGAGACUUAAUGGUGCUGUGACAGCAACAGGAUUGAGUUUGAGACAGUGAAAAUACAUAUGGUAUGUUGUAUCUGAACAGGUUAGCUUACGAGCUAAAGUUACUUAGCACAGAUUAAAGUUAAAACAAAAACGUUUAGCAAACUGUUAAAGCGCACAAACUAUCGUCAUAUGAGAAAUCCGACGCUAUGACUCUCGACAAGUUGUCCUUCAGGUUGUUAUCUUUGUAAUGUUUGUGUCUUUUAUCAAAAAUCACUCUGUUCUCCGACACGUAAACAAUCAGCUGGUCGGCCAUGUUGGAUAUACCGGUGAACCAGACUUCGCAACAACACGCAAUCUGAUUGGUCAGAAGUGGAUACACAGUAUGCAAAACUUUAAAAAAUCGACUGUGAUCCGAAAAAAUAAAUGCCGCAAUAUUGCAGGACGGGAAAACGUCGCUGAUGUGAACACUUGUAUUGACAGGAUACAGGUUCGAAAAAAAAUUUGACGCCCAAAAUAAUCGCAAGAAAAAAACACUCCCAGUGUAUAAGGACCUUAAGAUGAAAAUAAGGGUGACAUGGUAACUGAAAUUUAGCUUUGCUCUCAGAAAAAAAAUACUUUUUUGUAUGCAACUUAGAAAAUCUUGUUUGCAAUCACUUGCCUACAUUUGGGGGAGUAUUUUGUUGUAUGAUUUGACAUAGCAAAUGUUGAUUUUGAAAGGAAACUAAAGGUUUUCUGACAACUCUGAAGGGGUGUACUCAUUUAUGCUGAGCACUGCAUGUAACACUCAUUUGCAUAAUGAGGGGUGAGGCUGAUUUGAUUGACAGCUGUUUGACAGGAGGCUAAAGCCCACCUCAGCUUCACGCCUUUAGGUCUAGGUUGAGUCAAUAUUUCUAACAGGGUGAUGACAUCUAAUAGAUUUUAAAUUUGUCUCUGUAGAAACCAGCUGUAUCACAGGGACCACAUCCAUAGACUAUACAGUUCUUGACACAUGCCAAGAGUUAAUCAGAAUGUCUCUCAGAGGUUUAUUAGGCAAAAAUAUCAUAAAACGGUGCGAAUUGUAAUCUCCUGGGUAAUUGGAGUGAUUAUUUGUUGACAUGGCCUCUGUCAGAUUUGGCGUCAGAUCGUGACAGACGGAUUUUUAGAGGUACAGCCUGUUACAGAAGAACGCCAUGGCUCACCAGCUGUUCUGAACAACACUGGAAUUAAAUAAUAAGCUUUAAAUCCUCACCAAUUUAUGAAAGGUCAUUAACUCCAGGCGGUAACAAGAUGCUCUCAUUUCGCUUUGCCUUUGACUGGGAUUUACAGACCCUGUCAGAAAUAGAAAUGAAAUAUAAAGUUGAAUAAUGAAGUCAUUAUUUUUGAGCUGAUUUGCUCACAGGUUACCUGCUGAUGUAAAUGUACGAUGAAAUUAAUGAAAGGGUCUGGGUAGUAGAUUGAAACAGAAAGAUCACAAAGCAGAAUUAUAUAUUUUUUUUAAUUUUAAAGUGUUAAAGAGAUAUUUUUUUCAAUGCAGGCACCAAAAAUCUUUAAUUAACUAUCAAUGAAAGAGUAACUGCAAAAUUAAUUAUAUUUCUGAGGAGCCUUUUCAUGUUUUAAAUCUCCAAAUAAUAACUUCUUUUGAUUGUUUUUCACUUUAGUUCUUCUUAAUCAUACCGUAUGUUUGUUUUUCUUAACUAGAAUUACUGUCGUAGUCUUUUUAUCUGACUCUCUUUUAAGAACCUUUCAAUCAAGUUUCAAAGCUGACAAAAAAGUUUAUAAGGAAAGUGUAAAAAAAAAUAAUGAAAAACUGGCCCAAAGCAAGCUGCGGGAUCUCUCUCAGCUGCAAGGUUACUUCAGUGCUCUCCAACCUGAUUUGGAAGAUUACAGCUAACACUGUUUUGCCUCCAGAGGCCAACAAGCCCAAAACAGAGCUCAACCUUUUACAAUGUUACAGGCCUCUGUGCCGGACAAUUCGGAAAAUCUGGUCUCUUCUUAUCAGCUCGAGCUUUUUACAAGUGUACAGUGAGGACUGGAGGUCUGCCAAGUGGACCCCCCUCUGCCUCUGCACCCCCCCUCUGAGCCUCCGCGCUCACCAGCAGGUGAGAUUAUUCUCACACUUACAAAGCGAGAUCUGAGGAAAGCCUCUCUGUUAUGGUCUUUUAUCCGCGUCUUAUAAACUGUGGGGUAUGGAUGACAAAGCGUUUCCUGUUGUGAUCGCUAAUUAGGAAAGCUGAUACUGCAGAUCACUCAGUAGAUGCAGAUCUGAUUUUAUAUUUCUGUUGCACUCAUACUGUCAAUGCAAAAGUGUCAUAGUUACUUAAUAUUAGAGUUAGGUGGUAUGAUGGUAUAUACCGUGCGACGAUAUAAAAGUGUCUACCGGUAGAAAUUUUGCAAUACUGUUUAUACCAGAGAGAGAGAGCAGAUGUCUGCUGCAUCUCUCUGAGUCAGUGUGUAGUUGUCUGCGUUCGCUAACAGGAAAGCCAGAAGCGAUAUUUUUUCUUUUGUAGGACGGUAGGGGAAAGUCCCGCCUCCUUCGCCUCUGAUUGGCUAGAAAAGCUGGAAACAUCAUCACACGCUCUGUAUAUCGAACAGAACAUUACAGAACAUUAUCGCACUUCUGAAUCUCCUAACCCUAACCCGACAGAUGAUGACGUUUCACAGCCAUUAGGAAUAACCAAUCGGAGCCCAGCACUUCUAGCCAAUCAGAGGGGAAGUAGGUCGGGACCUUUCCCUACCAUCAUACAAAAAAUAAUUCAGCAAGCUGGAGCGCGCCCAUUUGGGUGUAUAACGGACGUGCAUUUUUGUAUAUUCACCAGCAUGUCCAGCAGACUGCUCGGCAUAGUUUUGACGGAAAAGAAACAGCUUCACUUGUGGUUGUCAUGUAGUGCAGUACAUGCAGUACUGAGCAAACGGAGGCAGCCCGACCCACCCAACAUGAGGAAGAGGAGGAGGAACUCAUUCCGAAAAAGAGCGCGAGUCACGACAUCGGUUGUCUGGAGAUUCUUGAUGAUCAAAAAACAAUACUAUGCAAAGAGUGUUGUGUUGCUGUCAUUGCUGGAGGUAGAAACACCAGAAACCUCUUCUACCUCCUAAAGAUGAAACACACAAAGCUCUAUUAUGAGAGUCUGGUGAUUUUUUUUUAUGGUAAAAAAAAAAUCACCAGACUGGUCGGGCAUUUGUUACACAUUUGUAAACAAAUCUGAGUUUAAAAAUAAAAGGAAAAUGAACAAAUGUGACAGUAUGGUUAUUUUUAAGCCAUUAAUUGAAUUUACAGGGGGGAAAAAACACAGUGUGAUAUAAACUGUUACUGUGAUAUGAAAUUUCUCAUACCUUGAUAUAAGAUUUUGUUCAUGCACUACUUAAUAUUAACAGGUGCUGUUUAUGAGCUACAUACUUUGACUGCUUUACUUUCUGUGAAAAUAUCCAUAAUCUAAACUGAGUAUAGCAUAUUUCUAUUAAGUUGAUAGCAGGGGGAUGUAGAGCUAAAGUCUGUUUGUCUCCCCGAGGAGGAAAAAGAAUUUAAAAAAACAUUUUUCUAUUUUGGUGGUUGUUGUUGACAGACACCUUCUUGCAAAUGACCUGAAGACUGCAGUCUUUUUAUAGCUGCAGAGACACAACACCGGCUGAGAAGAGACAGCAUGCUGUAGCUGCCUGUCUGUCACCGCAAACCUGAUGGUCUGUGAGUGACGGGAGUCGUGUCAGGUCUCUGCCAAUAUGUGGACACUCCUGACAAAGUGAGAGCAUCAAACAGGGGAGGGCAGAUCCUGGAGGAUUAAUGUGGUUGAUAAAAAAGCAGAGGAAGGUCUGUGCAUUUUUUUUCAACCUUUCAAGUAGUUGUGGAAGUCCAGACUUUUAGGAAGCACACUGAGAUUCAUGAAGCAGCAUGAAUCAAUCUACCUCGGAUUUAUUCAGAAGACACUGCUGCACCUGUCCCCCGGCUUUAUGUCAGAAUUCACAGACGCUACAGUCUUUUUCAAUUUUAGCUCACGUCUGUUCAUUACCUCCCACAGAAUAUCUCCUCCGUCUGAAUAACCGAAGGGGGAAAGUAAUUCCUGUGACUUUUUUUCCUUGAAAGACACUUUGAAAAAAGUUUGUUUCACUGUGUGAGAAUGUCCAGUUGACUGAGGGCGAGUUGUUACUCACUGCUAUGAUGCCAGCGAAAUUUCCCCUGCCAUGGCUCAAAACCCCAGUGUUCAGUAUUAGUGUAUACUAUAGGUCUAUUUGUCUGUAAUGGAGCUGUAAUCAACCAAGAAAUUCUUGUCAGCACAAGAAGGCAAUGCCAAUGUCUAUUAAACACCCCGUUAUCACUUGGUACGUUCCUCCUGAUGAAAUUAACCAUAGGCUGAAAAUUGACACAGAAAGAAAUCGAGUCGACCAAUCAGAAUUUUGGUUGAUCGAACAAUAAGUCGACCAGUUGACUAGGACUUUACAGCCCUAGUCUAUGAAAAGUUCAUUUUUGGUUUUACACUUUAAUGACCAUUAAAAUGGACAUUUCAGAAUUAUGGUCAGAACUUUUUCUUGUGCGUCAAUUUUCGGUGUCAACGUGUUCAAUGUAGCCUAUGUAACUUCACUGCAGGAUCACAGUGUUGUGACUGCGAACAGUAUCUACGCUCAGUAUCACAGCUUUAAAAAAAUGUUUUCUGAAAGGUCGCGUUAGAGCAAGUUCUUACAGAGCAGAAUAAUCUAAAUCAUUAAAAAGAGCUUUAGCAUUUACACUGAGGUUGAUUACCGGAGAAAGGACAGGGACCCAAACCCUGCCCUCACCAAUUUAACAGUUUUCCAGCUGUUUCAGAUUUAAUUUUUAUGAAUCUGUAUGAAUAUAAUGUGUCUUUUACUUGAUUUGGAUGAGAGGACCCCCAUCUUUUUUGGGGGGUUGUCCUGGCUUCUCCGGCGUUGUCUGGGAAAGUUUUUAAAAUCCUUCAAAUGUCCACGGUUUUAAACCAGAGUUUUGAUUUUGUGUCACUUGGACUUACUGAGUUAGAAGUGCAUAAAAGACACUCGAUCAGACCCGAAAAACUCUCAACAUUAACUUUGUGCUACUCCGUGACUCCGCCCCCAUGUAGUCAUGUCCUCUUUUUGGGAAGUUAGAAAAUGGUCACCCUAUCACAGUCGGAGUUACAUAACUGAAUAAAAGUAGACAGAUUUUCUCUUGCCUGUAUACGGCUCGGUCGAACAGAAAAUGGCCUAAAUGUUCUGUAAAUGCCCCAGUAUUCGCAUGCCGGGGCUUGAUCAGCGUGGAUGCGAUGCUAGGAAACCAGGUAGCACAGCUGAGCUCCAACUAGGAUAAAUUAAAAGUGGUGUACAAAAUAUAAUUGUGUUUAUCAUUCUUGAUGAUUGCAAAAAAAGCCGUUUGAGUGCAUCUACAUAGUUGUAUUAGUCCAAAGUCUCUCUGAACCACCAAGGUCUGUUUCCACUCCAUCUUAAAGAUCACUGUAUUCACUGCCAAAUCUGAAAUCUGUAUAUUUUUCCCUCUAUCUAAAAAAUCCCUGAUCGGCUUCACUCCACUACAUACGCUCCACAACACACCAUAUGCUCUACUUGACAGGAUUACCAAACAGCCGACAAGAUGGACGAAGAAAACUGCUCCAAAGAGAUUUAAGCAAUGAGUGGAAGAACAGUUUUGUCCAUAAUAUACUAAAUCAAGAACACAACAGUGUGUGAAAUUGGGUUUGAUUUAAAAAGAAAAAAAAGAAAAACACAAGAAGUAGUACUCAACAGAAAACACUUCACAGCUGAUGUGGCCGUGGAGAUCUUUUAAUCACUCAGUCAUCCAUUCAAUCCCCUAAAAGUGCCUACAUGAAAAAAGCACUUGAGCUGGGGAUACAACCUGCCAUUUUUAUUUGUCUGCCAUCUGUUACACCAUCUCCAGGUGCAUGAAAUUAUCAUUUAUCAGAACGUUUCAUAUUCAGAUAAUAACCGGAACAUGUGGCAAUCCUGUCCUUGUGCGCAUUUCAAUGAAAAUAGCCUCUUCUCAGCCGGUCUGAUUGAACCUCUCAGCGCGUGCUUUGGAGUGUUUAGAUGGUGGUGGUGGGUGUGAAAUCAAUAGAAAGACCAGUUUUGAAAUAAGUACGUUUAUGACCGCCCUCUGCCUCACCUCUGUUGCAGUUUAGAUCAGCCCAGGUUUAUGAGAGCGGAUAUCUAUUCUCUCUAAACCUGAGAGGACAUGAGUGCUCAUGUCUUCAUUAAAUGUAAAAUGCAGUCCUGCUGCAGUUCACUGCACACAUAUCGUUCCUUUCUGAAGGGUCCAGCACCCAAUACGAGCCGGUGUCAUAUAUUCCAGUGAAAUCUUUCAGGGAUAUCCCAUUUCUCAUUAGGCAGUAAAUGACAAACCAGUCUCUCGGAUCACUUCAAUUCACCAUUAAGCCGGUCUGUCCAAUGGAUUUAGAGGCUGCGCUUCCCCGCUAACUGAGGAUAUUUUUCCAGUGGUUUGGUGCAUCUGUAUGAAUUAUGGAAAUCGUAAGCCACACUGGCUGGAAUGUGUGACGUUUCCAAGGAUACAACUGAAAAUUGUUGAAUAAAUUCUGUAAAAAUACUCAAGCCUACUAUUUUUACUUGAAUUUUUGACCUUCAUCUUUUAAAAGUAAACUUAAGAGCUACCUGUUUAGUCUGGCUUUUUUAAUCUUUUAAUCUGCAUUACGUGAUUUUACCCUAUUUUAGUCCUAGAGUAACUAUUUUGUGUUUUAUUACCUCUUUUUUAAUUUACUUUCUGUUAUUGUUUGAUUUUAAGACUGUUUUAUUUUAUUAACUUUUAACGCUUCGUCACCUUUAUUAUAUUUUAUCAUGGUUUUAUCUUUUUAGUCCUAGAUCCAGUGUUUCCUCGUCUUCUUUUUUAACUUAAGAAAGCAUUUCCUCAGUCAUCUGUGGCAAGUUGAAGAGUCCUCACUUGGUCUUUUGUGUGUGUGUGAGUGCUUUAUGUGUUGAAUGGGGGUUGGGAAAGUGAGUGGGGUUUGGUAUUUGUAUUUUUAUUUAUUUUAUUUCAUUGUUUUUUUAAUACCCUGCGCGAAUGGACAGCCCUUUGUGAUACAUUCUGUGUACGAAUAGUGCUUUAAAAAUAAAGUUUGACUGAUCUGACAUGUUCAGAUUUUAGGACAUCUCAAAACGGCCACAUAAACUGUGAUUCUGCUGUAGUAAUCUUUAAAAUUUUUGAUCGAUCAUGAUCACGAUGACGGACAGAGUUGGAAAAAGUAAACGAUUUUGGCGAAUUACAUUGAAAUUAACCAGGCAGAAGCCUCUUUGCGUGGGGCUGCUGAGCUAAACAGGCGGCUUUAACUGCUUACAUACGAGAGAGAGGUCCAGACGUGUUCUGUCACAGUGUGCCGUCUCAUAAAAGGAAAAGGUUUGAUUUUUUUGAGUUUGGGUUGCAUGAAGAACUUUUCAGUGCUAAUGGUUUUACUCAGCAGGGAUCCUGGUUAGCUCAGCCUCUUUGUGAAGAAACUGGCUUGAAAAACCAGACGAGAAAAUUAGCCUGUCAGCCGCAGCAAAAGAAGUCAACUCUGCUUUGUAAUUUAACAAAUAAAAAAAUUCAGAAGCAAACCCGAAUAUUGCUCUGAGUAGGAAAAGUUUCAGGUUUUUGCUGUCAAAAGUGGACGCUACAGAUUUGUGUUGCACUUUUUGCUCACUGAACACUCAUUACAUUUACAUUUGCUGUUCAAAACAUCAAAUAAUUGCCUUUUUUUGAGUGAAACCGGACAUUUAAAAAGCAUGUAAAUAGGGCUGCAACGAUUAGUCUAAGUUUUCAACAAAAAUCGAUCACGAAAAAAGCCGACAAUGAAUUCCAUGGUUGACUUUUGUCGUCAGACGUGUUUUUUUUCCAGUGGUGUAAGGUAUGAUCUCUGCCUAGUGUCACACAUGCACAAUAGCAUCUCCUCCACCAAGCGGUAGGGUAUUCAAACAUGGCGGCGCCGACAUCCCAUACAGCAGCUACGAGUAAGCGCUUAAAACCUCCUUAGUUUGGAAGCAUUAACUAUCAUUGCUGCUCAAUCAAAACAACCUAAUGUUAAAUUUAAGAAAAAAUUCAUAAUUCUCUGAUUAGUUGACUAAGCGUUUCAAUUGUCGGUGACCAGUCGACUAUGAAAAUAGUCUUUAGUUGCAGCCCGACAUGGUUAGACGGACCACAUUCCCACUAAAUUGAAUUUGUCAUAAUCAGACUAACAUUUCGGGGAUUUACUGCUCAAUCAGACUGAAACUGGCCUGAUGUCUGUAUUCGUCAUAUCGCCAAUGUCCGGUUCAGCUGUGUUCCCACCUAAUCGGUUUACAGGAAGACAUCGUGACUGAAUCUGAGCGUAAUACGUUUGAGUCAAAGCUGAUACAUGCUGUUCAGAAGUCGAUUAUGCUUUAAUUACAGCAAAGAGGAAGCACAAGAGAAAGAGAGCAGAGGGAGACGAGAUUUUGCAUCUCAGUUUGAUGCAUUUUACAGCAAGAAUGAUGAACAUUUCCAUCUUACACAGUAACGGUUUCAGACUUUGUCAUUUCAGCUCAGUCUUUUCCCUUUAACUGUAAGCUGUAGUUUUGUUAUAGAGCAAUGACUCUAAUAAAAGUUGAAAACCAGAACCGUCCCUUUAAUGAGAAAUUAACAGAAGGUUGAAAUAACCUCCAACAGUUGAGAGAUAAAUAAUGAAAGCUCACGUUUUGUUCCUUUUGUGUCAUCAUCAUUUAUCACAUCCACAUUAGCACUUCAGUGACAUGAGAUUUCACAGCUUUAAACCAUCAAGACUUGACCUGGUAUAAAAGAGCGAAUGAGCAUCUGACAGUUCAAGGUUCCCAUCUGUCUGAUUUAUGAUUUACAGUCAUCACAUUCAGACAGUUUAGCACACUUUUCACUCUGAAUAUGCAACAAAAGCGUGCAGGUGAAAAUUAUCCGCCCACCUCUGCAGAGACCUCGGUUGAAACUCCAGCAGUGCCUCUUUAAACCGCGCUCCACAGUUGGCAAUGUUCCCAGGUAGAAACUGUUGAGGGAUUUCUGUCGCAAUUAUAAUGAUUGAUACAAGGUUGAUUGGUUGUCUACACUCUCCUUCUGUCUACCCGUCCCUCUGUGAGUGGGAGGCGGCACGCAGGAAUCCGUAGCAGCUAUUUGGGUUUUCAGCGAUCUGGUGUAUAUUCUGAAUCUGAAAUCUAAGAAUACGUUUCUUGUUAUCCUCAAGAAGAGUGAAAGAUUAGUCUAGAAUGAAGACGAGUAUAGAAGUUUGAACCUUUGCUGCUUUUACACCUCCACAGCUGGCUGGGAAGUUGGUGUUCAUGUCAAUAAAUAGUCAGUGUUUGUGGUUCAGACCUGCUAACAUUUCAGUUUGUAGAGAUAUGAAUAAAAGUGUUUCACUCGGGAAUGAAAAACUGGAGAUUUUUCUUUCUGUUGUUCCUAAAUGAAGCUCUUCAGGGUAAAAAAUUGUGAAAAACUCCAACAGUGCCUCUUUACUCCUUGUCUGAAUGGCAGUGAAUAAUUAUAGGAGGGAUGAUUCUGUAAUGCAGUGCAUCUUGGGUAAUAUCAGGCCUUUGGGGAUGAUUACACGUUACAAAUCUGAGCUGUUUUGUGGGGCAGACGUGUCGUAAUUGUCCAACAGUCGACUGGAUUAAGUUGGAUUUAGAUUUUAUAUUCAAAUACAAACUGAAGGGAGAUCGAGCUCUUCUUAAUACGCCUGACAGCCUCUCAGUCUCACACUCACGCCCUGUUAGCCUCGUAAGUCACCUCUUCUCUGAAGGUGUGAAUAUGUAAAGCAGACCUCUAAUAUUCUGUAUUUAACAACUGUAGGCACAGGCAGUUCACAUAAUAGACGACAGCUGCUUGAGUGCGUACAGCUGCAGCUUCAAUCAGAGUGGCACUUAUCAUAACACGGGGAAGGUGUUGGUUUGGGUAAUGUAGCCAAUGAAGACAUCGAAGGAGACAUUUCCGACUUAUGGUCAGAACCUGAUCCACUCGUGAAGAUGAGGCGUAGUUCUGUUUCAUGCUCUAAAGUGGUCUUUACACAAGUAAAGACACCGGUAAAAUAUCUGGGUAUUCCUCUUCAUGCUGUAGUUGGUAUAAAUAAAUAAGUCCGGAAAAGACGAUGACCUCAUAGCACCCCUCCUCCUCCCCGCCCCCCAACCCACGUUGUCACACACACAGCAACAACAACAACUAGGGCCCCGGUGGGGCACUGUCGGGCCCGAGCCGCGUCGCGCCGCCCCCAGCGCGACCGCCUCCCCCUCCCGAUCGCGUCACACUCAAGGUCCAAAGAUGGUGUGCGCACUUGUCUGUGGUCAUUUCCCAUUAUAAUGAAUGGGAGGCGCAGUUUCUACCAAAACGCUCGCUGCAGACAAACUACAUGUCCUAUUUGAAAAAAGUCUGGACCAUGAGUGAGGGCACAAACACAGCUAGUAUAUAUCCAAAUGGCAAGUUGCUCCUCCUUUCGGUUUUGCAGAGAGAGCGAUGCGUUUGAGCCAUUGAGCGAUGGGCAGGAAAAACUUGACUUUUUCUCCUGCCAUGGGGGGCGCUCUUUUGGGGAGAAAAAAUUCCUUCACAAAUGUGUUGAUGGCUGGACAUUGCAUCAUCCUAGAAAACUUGGAGGCCAGUGAGGACAAAAAUAAAAAGUUAUAAGACUUUUAAAAAUGUGGAUAUUUGGGUCCUCUUUGGCGCCCCCUAGAACGUAAACUGUGGGGUGCAGCGUCAUGAUUUGUACAACUUUGAAUGGCCAUGGGGUGUAGAUUGACCUGAGCAAAUUUGAAGCCGAUGGGACAAAAGAUUUAGGAGGAGUUAGCGAAAUUCCAAUGUGUGCGGAUCGGCAAAAAAUGCGAAAUAACCCUUUAACCGUACAUUUGACAGAUACGCCCGCACUGACUUUUUUGUAGAUCUUAUUGAGAUACAUGUGUGUGUCAAAUUUUGUGUCAUUUUGACAAAGCGUAAAGGCGUGACAGUCAACAAUGUGUAUUUUCGCCUUAGGAGACAAGAAAAAAUGGACUUUUUUCUCCUGCCAUGGGGGGCGCUCUUUUGGCGAGUAAAAAUUCCUUCACAAAUGUGUUGAUGGCUGGACAUUGCAUCAUCCUAGAGAACUUGGAGGCCAGUGAGGACAAAAAUAAAAAGUUAUAAGACUUUUAAGACUGUGGAUUUUUGGGUUAUCUUUGGCGCCCCCUAGAACGUAAACCGUGGGGUGCAGCGUCAUGAUUUGUACAACUUUUAAUGGCCAUGGGGUGUAGAUUGGCCUCAGCAAAUGUGGUGCCUUUGGAACGAAAGCCUUCGGAGGAGUUAGCGAAAUUCCAAUGUGUGCGGAUCGGCAAAAAAUGCGAAAUAGCCCUUUCACCGUACAUUUGACAGAUACGCCCGCACUGACUUUUUUGUAGAUCUUAUUGAGAUACAUGUGUGUGUCAAUUUUUGUGUCAAUAUGACAAAGCGUAAAGGCGUGACAGUCAAUAGUGUGAAUUUUCGCCUUAGGAGACAAGAAAAAAUGGACUUUUUUCUCCUGCCAUGGGGGGGCGCUCUUUUGGGGAGUAAAAAUUCCUUCACAAAUGUGUUGAUGGCUGGACAUUGCAUCAUCCUAGAAAACUUGGAGGCCAGUGAGGACAAAAAUAAAAAGUUAUACGACUUUUAAGAAUGUGGAUUUCUGGGUUAUCUUUGGCGCCCCCUAGAACGUAAACCGUGGGAUGCAGCGUCAUGAUUUGUACAACUUUUAAUGGCCAUGGGGUGUAGAUUGGCCUGAGCAAAUGUGGUGCCGGUGGAACGAAAGCCUUCGGAGGAGUUAGCGAAAUUCCAAUGUGUGCGGAUCGGCAAAAAAUGCGAAAUAGCCCUUUAACCGUACAUUUGACAGAUACGCCCGCACUGACUUUUUUGUAGAUCUUAUUGAGAUACACGUGUGUGUCAAAUUUUGUGUCAUUUUGACAAAGCGUACAGGCGUGACACUCAAUCAUGUGAAUUUUUCACCUUAGGGGGCGCUAUGGAGCCAUUUUGCAUUUGAUUUUUUGGGCGACUUCAGAAUAUCGAAUUUUUCACCAGGCCCGGUCGUCCUGCCAAAUUUCAUGACUUUUCACCAGUGGGAAGUGGGCCAUUUUCCCGUUCAAAGGGGCAGAAAAAUAACUAGGGCCCCGGUGGGGCACUGGCGGGCCCGAGCCGUGUCGCGCCGCCCCCAGUGCGACCGCCUACCCCUCCCGAUUGCGUCACACUCAAGGUCCAAAGAUGGUGUGCGCACUUGUCUGUGGUCAUUUCCCAUUAUAAUGAAUGGGAGGCGCAGUUUCUACCAAAACGCUCGCUGCAGACAAACUCCAUGUCCUUUUUAAAAAAAGUCUGGACCAUGAGUGAGGGCACAAACACAGCUAGUAUAUAUCCAAAUGGCAAGUUGCUCCUCCUUUCGGUUUUGCCGAGAGAGCGAUGCGUUUGAGCCAUUGAGCGAUGGGCAGGAAAAACUUGACUUUUUCUCCUGCCAUGGGGGGGGGGCGCUCUUUUGGGGAGUAAAAAUUCCUUCACAAAUGUGUUGAUGGCUGGACAUUGCAUCAUCCUAGAAAACUUGGAGGCCAGUGAGCACAAAAAUAAAAAGUUAUAAGACUUUUAAAAAUGUGGAUUUUUGGGUUAUCUUUGGCGCCCCCUAGAACCUAAACCGUGGGGUGCAGCGUCAUGAUUUGUACAACUUUGAAUGGCCAUGGGUUGUAGAUUGGCCUGAGCAACUAUGGUGUCAGUGGGACGAAAGCCUUCGGAGGAGUUAGCGAAAUUCCAAUGUGUGCGAAUCGGCAAAAAAUGCAAAAUAGCCCUUUUACCGUACAUUAUACAGAUACGCGCUCUUUGACUUUUUCGUAGAUCUAAUUGAGAUACACAUGAUUGUCAAUUUUUGUGUCAAUAUGACAAAGAGUUCAGGCGUGACACUCAACAAUGUGUAUUUUCACCUUAGGGGACAAGAAAAAAUUGACUUUUUUCUCCUGCCAUGGGGGGGCGCUCUUUUGGGGAGUAAAAAUUCCUUCACAAAUGUGUUGAUGGCUGGACAUUGCAUCAUCCUAGAAAACUUGGAGGCCAGUGAGGACAAAAAUAAAAAGUUAUAAGACUUUUAAAUAUUUGGAUUUUAGGGUUAUCUUUGGCGCCCCCUAGAACCUAAACCGUGGGGUGCAGCGUCAUGAUUUGUACAACUUUUAAUGGCCAUGGGUUGUAGAUUGGCCUGAGCAACUAUGGUGUCAGUGGGACGAAAGCCUUCGGAGGAGUUAGCGAAAUUCCAAUGUGUGCGAAUCGGCAAAAAAUGCGAAAUAAACCUUUAACCGUACAUUAUACAGAUACGCGCUCUUUGACUUUUUCGUAGAUCUUAUUGAGAUACACGUGUGUGUCAAUUUUUGUGUCAAUAUGACAAAGCGUUUAGGCGUGACACUCAACAAUGUGUAUUUUCAUGUUAGGGGACAAGAAAAAAUUGACUUUUUUCUCCUGCCAUGGGGGGGCGCUCUUUUGGGGAGUAAAAAUUCCUUCACACAUGUGUUGAUGGCUGGACAUAGCAUCAUCCUAGAAAACUUGGAGGCCAGUGAGGACAAAAAUAAAAAGUUAUAAGACUUUUAAGAAUGUGGAUUUUUGGGUUAUCUUUGGCGCCCCCUAGAACCUAAACCGUGGGGUGCAGCGUCAUGAUUUGUACAACUUUUAAUGGCCAUGGGGUGUAGAUUGGCCUGAGCAAAUUUGGUGCCGGUGGAACGAAAGCCUUCGGAGGAGUUAGCGAAAUUCCAAUGUGUGCGGAUCGGCAAAAAAUGCGAAAUAGCCCUUUAACCGUACAUUUGACAGAUACGCCCGCACUGACUUUUUUGUAGAUCUUAUUGAGAUACACAUGUGUGUCAAAUUUUGUGUCAUUUUGACAAAGCGUACAGGCGUCAGGUGAGUUUUCACCAUAGGGGGCGCUAUGGAGCCAUUUUUCAUUUUUUUGUUUGUGCGACUUCAGAAUAUCAAAUUUUUCACCAGGCCCGGUCGUCCUGCCAAAUUUCCUGAGUUUUCGCCAGUGGGAAGUGGGCCAUUUUCCAGUUUAAAGCGGAGGAAAAAUAACGAAAGAAGAAUCCAUCAGGAACAAGAGGGCUCUCGCAGCUGCUUAGCAGCUACGCUCGGGCCCUAAUAAGAAGAAGAAGAAGAACUAGGGCCCCGGUGGGGCACUGUCGGGCCCGAGCUGCGUCGCGCCGCCCCCAGCGCGACCGCCUCCCCCUCCCGAUCGCAUCACACUCAAGGUCCAAAGAUGGUGUGCGCACUUGUCUGUGGUCAUUUCCCAUUAUAAUGAAUGGGAGGCGCAGUUUCUACCAAAACGGUCGCUGCAGACAAACUACAUGUCCUAUUUAAAAAAAGUCUGGACCAUGAGUGAGGGCACAAACACAGCUAGGAUAUAUCCAAAUGGCAAGUUGCUCCUCCUUACGGUGUUGCCAGGAGAGCGAUGCGAUUGAGCCAUUGAGCGAUGGGCAGGGUUAACUGGACUUUUUCUCCUGCCUUGGGGGGGGGGGGAUGUGGAUUCUUUUAAGAAUGUGGAUAUUUGGGUCAUCUUUGGCGCCCCCUAGAACGUAAACCAUGGGGUGCAGCGGCAUGAUUUUUACAACUUUGAAUGGCCAUGGGAUGUAGAUCGGCUUGAGCAAAUUUGGUGUCGGUGGGAUGAAAGCCUUAGGAGGAGUUAGCCACAUUCCAAUGUGUGCGAAUCGGCAAAAAAUGCGAAAUAACCCUUUAACCGUACAUUUUACAGAUACGUGCCCAUUGACUUUUUCGUAGAUCUUAUUGAGAUACACGUGAUUGUCAAAUUUUGGGUCAAUAUGACAAAGCGUAUAGGCGUGACACUCAACAAUGUGUAUUUUCACCUUAGGGGACAAGAAAAAAUGGACUUUUUUCUCCUGCCAUGUGGGGGCGCUCUUUUGGGGAGUAAAAAUUCCUUCACAAAUGUGUUGAUGGCUGGACAUUGCAUCAUCCUAGAGAACUUGGAGGCCAGUGAGGACAAAAAUAAAAAGUUAUAAGACUUUUAAGACUGUGGAUUUUUGGGUAAUCUUUGGCGCCCCCUAGAACGUAGACUGUGGGGUGCAGCGUCAUGAUUUGUACAACUUUUAAUGGCCAUGGGGUGUAGAUUGGCCUGAGCAAAUUUGGUGCCGGUGGAACGAAAGCCUUCGGAGGAGUUAGCGAAAUUCCAAUGUGUGCGGAUCGGCAAAAAAUGCGAAAUAGCCCUUUAACCGUACAUUUGACAGAUACGCCCGCACUGACUUUUUUGUAGAUCUUAUUGAGAUACACAUGUGUGUCAAAUUUUGUGUCAUUUUGACAAAGCGUACAGGCAUCAGGUGAGUUUUCACCAUAGGGGGCGCUAUGGAGCCAUUUUUCAUUUUUUUGUUUGGGCGACUUCAGAAUAUCAAAUUUUUCACCGGGCCCGGUCGUCCUGCCAAAUUUCCUGAGUUUUCGCCAGUGGGAAGUGGGCCAUUUUCCAGUUUAAAGCGGAGGAAAAAUAACGAACUAGGGCCCCGUUGGGGCACUGGCGGGCCCGAGCUGUGUCGCCCCCCCCCCCCCAACGCGCUGCCUCCCCGUCCCAUUCGCGUCCUCUGGCCAUCGUCCUCUCUGGUAACGCCCAUCACUGCAAAGACCCUUUUCCUUCAUCGGCGUUUGCUGUUCUUCCUGCCAGUGCGUGUUGCUUUCACUUACACUUGCCACAGCCAGCCUUGUGAGUGCCUAGCCUAUUGGAUAUCACUGUCACCUACACAGGACAGUCAUUACCUUUCUAUUAAUACUUUGUUUUUUAAUUUCACAUUAAUUUCCAUAUUGUAUAAACGACUGGAAAAAACUUGAGCCCCUGCCCCCGUAUAAUCAUGUGCACGUCCCUGUUCUCGCUCCAAGGUGAAUCUUCACUGCUCAUGUUCUCCUCAGAAGCAGUCACCUCACUCCCCUCAGGUUCCUGUACACAUGCACCAACUGCCUGCUUCAGGUUUGGAUGGAGCUUCAUGGUUGUCUUUUGGAGAAAUGAGCAGUCAAGUUGUGUUAGAAAUUUGAUUUUUUUCAGGGGCAAAAGGAAGCCUCUGCAUUGUUGUCAAAUAUGUAAAUAGCAUGUUUUUGCAGGUGCUAAAAAACAGACUCUGAGUGUGUGUGUGUGUGUGUGUGUGUGUGUGUGUGUGUGUGUGUGUGUGUGUGUGUCUGUGUGUGUGUGUGUCUGUGUGUGUGUAUCCUGCAGUACUCUGUACUCCUGCAGUGGCCAAAACGACUUUUAAGAAUGUGGAUAUUUGGGUCAUCUUUGGCGCCCCCUAGAACGUAAACCAUGGGGUGCAGCGGCAUGAUUUUUACAACUUUGAAUGGCCAUGGGGUGUAGAUUGGCCUGAGCAAAUUUGGUGUCAGUGGGACGAAAGCCUUAGGAGGAGUUAGCCACAUUCCAAUGUGUGCGAAUCGGCAAAAAAUGCAAAAUAGCCCUUUAGCCGUACAUUUUACAGAUACGCGCCCAUUGACUUUUUCGUAGAUCUUAUUGAGAUACACGUGUGUGUCAAAUUUUUUGUCAAUACGACAAAGCGUACAGGCGUGACACUCAACAAUGUGUAUUUUCACCUUAGGGGACAAGAAAAAAUGGACUUUUUAUUCCUGCCAUGGGGGGGCGCUCUUUUGGGGAGUAAAAAUUCCUUCACAAAUGUGUUGAUGGCUGGACAUUGCAUCAUCCUAGAAAACUUGGAGGCCAGUGAGGACAAAAAAAAAAAUUUAUAAAAAUUUUAAGAAUGUGGAUUUUUGGGUUAUUUUUGGCGCCCCCUAGAACCUAAACCAUGGGGUGCAGCAUUAUGAUUUGUACAACUUUGAAUGGCCAUGGAGUGUAGAUUGGCCUGAGCAAAUGUGGUGCCGGUGGAACGAAAGCCUUCGGAGGAGUUAGCGAAAUUCCAAUGUGUGCAGAUCGGCAAAAAAUGCGAAAUAACCCUCUAACCGUACAUUUCACAGAUGCGCCCGCGCUGACUUUUUCGUAGACCGUAUUGAGAUACACGUGUGUGUCAAUUUUUGUGUCAAUAUGACAAAGCGUACAGGCGUGACAGUCAAUAGUGUGAAUUUUCGCCUUAGGGGGCGCUAUGGAGCCAUUUUGCAUUUUAUUGUUUGGGCGACUUCAGAAUAUCGAAUUUUUCACCAGGCCCGGUCGUCCUGCCAAAUUUCAUGAGUUUUCGCCAGUGGGAAGUGGGCCAUUUUCCAGUUUAAAGCGGAGGAAAAAUAAUAAUAAUAACAAAAGAAGAAUCCAUCAGGAACAAGAGGGCUCUCGCAGCUGCUUAGCAGCUACGCUCGGGCCCUAAAGAAGAAUCCAUCAGGAACAAGAGGGCUCUCGCAGCUGCUUAGCAGCUACGCUCGGGCCCUAAAGAAGAAUCCAUCAGGAAUAAUAGGGCUCUCGCAGCUGCUUAGCAGCUACGCUCGGGCCCUAACAACAAUGGCAGUAAUCAUGUAAAGCUGCUGAGAAGCUAUAAGAAAGACUAUUUGGAGCUUGAAAAAAUAAUAAUAACCCCCUUUUUAAACGAAAUUAAUUCUUUUAAGUCUUAUUUUUUAGAUUUUUUCCAUGUGUCUCAAAAUUUAGCAUUUUUUUGUAAAUUUAGGAGAUGACCAAGACAUCGUAGCCCUUCCUCCCUCUGAUAACUCAAUGCUGUGAAUCACAUUAGCAAACUUCAUAGAAGUUUACUUUUAUGUUAGUGUGAAAUUUAAGUGUAAUGGUCACCUUCUGCCGUCACUCUUUUUCCUAAUACAUGUCAACAUUGGUGCUGCUUGAUUAAAUAAUUGAACAGCAUUCAGGAUUAGAGACUGUACAGACAAUAUGACUAUAUAACACAAUUUGGGAUCUAAAUAAAGUGCAUGUGUCUGACUAAAUGCAGCCACCACUUCUCUGAUUGUUUGGGGUCUAUUCAUGAUAGUGUGACCAAGAAAGCUCACGCUAACCUGGAGGCAGGGAAAAAAAACAAAAAACAUGUCUGCUAAAUGGGAAUAUUUUUUGAUUCGGGCACCGCAAUGCGCACAACUUGCAAAAUAAUAUUGUUAUGAUGCAAGGUAGCAUAACCAAUCUGUAUCAACACCUGUGGAAGCACAAAGACAUGUUUGUUGAAUAUGUGCGAGUGAAGGUCCAGGCAGAUGGAGGCAGCUAAAGGUCAACAAACCACAGCAAAGCAAAAUGACCAAAAAUGAUGCGCAGAUUUUCAAGCAGAUUUCUUUCAAACUGCACUGUACAAGCUUAUUUUUGCUCUUAUCAGUAUAUACUUCAUAACUAUCUCGAAGCCUAGCAAGUACUCCUCUAUCAUACCGUUUAUUCUAGCGCAAUCACAAUAUUGUCCUCCGUAAUUAUAAUCAUACAGGUUUGUCAAAUUCUGCAGCACUGGAAAAAAAAGAAUAGAGGCGAAUGUCUUAAAAACCAAACAGGAAACAUCACUACAGCAUACAGCUGCAGCACCAUGUGCAAAAACAAAGCAGUCGUGUUCUCAUGAAUGAUAUCUGUUUCCUCAUCUGAUGCCUGUUCCUUAGGGCUUUAGGCUCUUUUCGCAUCUGAACCAGUUUACUGUUUGUUUGUACUGUUUGAAGCGCGCUGCUAUGAUUUUGAGUUAUGUGCAGUGUCUUAAAUAAAUAGAAUUAUAAAUUCAAUUUUUUUAAAAAAGCACUGGAUGAUGCAACCAUUUAUAAGUAUCUCAAUAAACAAACUUCCUUUUCCCCCAAAACGUCUGCAAACAGAAAAAAUAAACAAAUACCAGCUGCCACUGAAGGAACAGUUGUUUAAGACUGAAAAAGAAGACGUGACAGAAGAUUUAUCUCUAUAUUUUGUUUUUCCUUCCUGAUAUUAGCAGAUACUAGUUGUAUUGAGGAAAAAAUUCUUUAAAAAUAAAUAUUCAGAUUUCAUAUUUUCGUCAGAUGCUUCGCCACACAACAAUCUCGUCUGUGCAUAUCCACCUGUUUACUAAGCGCUCAAUGUGUAAGAGCGAUUUCUCGUGUUCCCGUGCUGUAGCCUCAUUACAUGGUACUAAAUUACACACCUGUCAACAAGAGGCCACUGGGGCAAGAGAGGGAAAAAACAUAACAAAUAUUUUGUUCAUUAAUUCCCCUCAGGUACUUCAACCCUCCCAGUGACUGUAAUACAUGUGUGAGAGGACUGCCUCCUGACAAGCCUCUUAUCAUUGUGAUCACACGCUGUGUGUGUCUGGAGGUCCCUCAGAGGUACCUGAGUGGCAGACCUCUCAGGGCUGCUAACCCCAGGCUCUCUGUAAAACCACAUGCUCUUAUUAACCAGUCUUAUUAAAAGCUUGUGUGUGUUUCACCUGCCCUCUUUGGAAGUGCUUCAUCAGGCUGCCUGUUAAAUCAAAAACUCUUCAGACAACAGUGGAGCUACAUCUGGGGACAUGGACUCUCUUGACUGAACACAACCAUCUGGAGCGCAGAUACACACUCGAGUGAAUAUUUCACUGAUUCUGCAUUAGGAUGCAGGCGGCGCAACUGAAUAUUGCCUCGCUUGGCGACAGGCGGAAAGGCCAGAUGACCCGCAGAUGACUCUGAUGCAGAGAAAGCAUGCUCUGUCUUUUGUAGAAAUCUAAUCAAAUGAGAGGAGGACUAUUAUGAAGGCACACGUCCUAAUGACUUCUGUCUGCCUCAUUUUCCAUUUGCAUGUUUUCUCCUGGACAAAGCAAUCAUAGCAUUACAUAUAGUUUUUGCGGUAUCCCAUUACUCUGUAUCAGGCGGGAGCAUAUAUGUGCUGAAAAUGUCUUUUUGUGUUGUAUUGGAUCUUUUAUGGCGCUCGCUCAUUAACGUUGCUUAUGCAUUCAGCCAAGUAAUUGAAUUCCCUUUGGUUGUGGAGUAGUCCCUGUCUUCAUUCAGAGCUGGCUGUGUACUUCACCUUUGUCUAGCUGCAAUACAAAGCAUUAAUUUAUGUAAUCAUGACUUCAGGGGUUGGCUUUAUGCUGCAGUUUAAAAUACAGUAAUUUCUUUGGGGGGUUUAAUUGACUGAAAAUGGUCAUUCUUUUUAAUUUGUGAUUUGUUGGCGCUUUUCAUAUUGCUCUCAUAUGCAUUCAGGCAAGCAUCCAAGACUCAAAAUAGAAAAUGUUGUUGGCAUAAACACUUUUAUUUUCAUUUUCUGAUUACAUUGACACAGAUUUUUGGAUUGGAAACCCUUUUUUGCAGUUUUUAAGAUUCAGUAAUCAGCGUUUUUGGUGAAGACCUACACCUGAGAGGGCUCAAGAGCACUCCUACGCACAUAUGCUUGAUAACUUGAUGAAGACACAUCGCAACAGCUGACAUUAAAACGGCUUUUUUAAAGCUCCUGUGAGGAUUUUUUCACAUCUAUGAAAUUCACAUUGGUUUUUUUAUAUCACAGAAAGGCAAAAAAAAAAAAGAAAAACAAGAUUAGAAGUUUCACUUUUGUAAUUUUUAAUGCCUCAAACCAGCACAGGGGGCGCCAGAACUCACACAAACCAAAAGUUGCUAACAGGAGCUUUAAAUAAUAAAAACAAAAACACUCAUUCACACCUGUCUAACCUAUAUUUACAGGUGCAUUUACAAUGACUUAUCUGCCGCAUUCUCACUCUUUUUAGAAUAAAUUCACUGUCAAAUGAAAUUACCCCUGAGGAGGAAAAAGUUGAGAUAUUGUCUGUCUCUCUCUCUCUUCUGUCUCUGAUAAAUCGCCCCCUCAGAUUUGCGACUAUUCCUUAUGUAGUUUCUCAUCCUACUGCAUCUGGAGUGCAUCCUUUUCUUCAGGGUUGUGUUUCCAAUGACAGCCUUCCCUGGACGAGUGAUACCAUCAAAUGUCUCUGUUUCUAGUGUUUAUUUUACAUCAAUCACUGUGUGACUCUGCAGGAAGUAAUAAAUCAUCCCAUUUGUAUUUCACUUCCAGCAGCACUAUUUCACAAUUUAACGAAUGUUUACUUCAAGUCAAGCAUGCAACUAGCUUAGAUUUUAAAGGUUUUUAAACACAGCAAAUGUGCUGUGAUUCGGCGUUUAUUUUGAAGUCAGAGCAGCCAUGUCUUUAUUUGCAUUCACAGCAUGCUGGCUUUGAAUAUUUAAUUAAUUCUUAGUCACAAAACACCAAUAUAGACCAUCUCUGUUUUGUGCUUAGCUUGACUUUAUGGAAAUUUGAGCUCAUCUCCGAUUAAAGAAAGUCAGAUUAAUGUUGCAAACCCAGACACCUCUACAAAGAGAAGCGUUUCAAACACAUAGGUGUUUAUUCUCAUCCUGACACCUUCAUAGAAUUACCCGCCUUUAAGGAUUUACAGUAAGACAUUCACUUGUCAUGGUCGGCACCAAAAAAUAAAAAAAGGGCACAAAGACAAAGCCCCACAGCGGAUGGACAGCAGGGGUUAAAAAAGUGGACAGGACCACAUUUCCCGUGUGUUGUGAAGGCAAUUUGGCAACAAAUAAAUUACACGAGUCCUCCUCUUGGUUCUGCUGUCAUGGCGGAGUGCUGAAACCAUCCAUUAGCUCUUCAUUACCUGUCAGCCUGUUGCCUCAUGUUGACAGGAUUUACGCCCCGCAAGACAUAUCUGCUCUGCUAGCAGCAGUGGCAUGCAUAGUCAUUAGAGGUUUCGAGUAAAGCAGAGGGGGUGAACUGAUGACAACACGUGCACACGCUCAUGCACAUACAGACACACUCAUCAAAAGUCUAACAAAAAAAUGGAAAACAAACUUGUGUUUACUUGUAAUCAGGUAAAAGCUCUCUGCUUGUCUAUGUUUGAGGUUUUGUGUCCUGCAACUUCAGGAGCUGAAGAAUUCGAAGUUUAUGUGAGAAUGCAGUUUAAUACUUGUUCUCUAAUACAGCUUUAAUAAGGUGUUAGUUGCCCAUUUUCAUCCUUCCUUUUGGGUCUUACAGGCCAAUCAAAAGGCCCAGAAAAUGACCCUCUGGUACAUCUGCAUGGACAAGAAGCUUUACAGGAGUCUAUCUUUCAGCUUGUUUGACUGCCUUCCACUUUUCCCCUUCUAACUCCUCUCUCCCUUAUUCAUGGGUAACCUAAGCCAACCCGACAGGAUCCCUGGAUGAUGAUGUGUGUUUUCAUUCUCCAAACAGCCAGCAGGCUGUGCAGAUAUUGUCAGAGAGCUCGGAGGCACGGAGCAGAGCAGGCUCGGCUCUGCAGAGAUUGCACCACAGUGCUUGCUUUAGGCCAGAAAGAAAGAAUGACAUUAUGCAGACUGUGGCAUGCAUUACGCUCAUGUGUUAUGACCCUUUUUUUUCCCCCUUCAGCGUCACAUUAUGAGAGAAUUAGAAUAUAUCGAUCAUCAUGACAGAGCCCUGUGUCCACAGCUUUUAACACAUUCAUUAUAGUCUUACCGCACCGCACAGAGGUGUGUUGUCUCAGGUAUCAGACAUAAUUUGGCGAGGUUCUGCUUGCUCCGACACUUUUGGAUUUUAAUAAGCUUGUUUUGUCAUCCAGGGUCUAUUUUUGGAUUAUAUGAAUCCAGUGCUGCUCCUAUAAUUAGUGGGAAGAGCCCCCACAUAUUUCCACCACCCACCCACCCACUAAUCCCCACCAUCCAUCAGGCAGUAUGACUAUGAGGCUGCAUGUUAUUAAAACUAAAUGAAAACUGCCUCACCCUUCAAAGCAAAUACAUUCCCAGCACCCAUUUAACUUUAAAUAGAAAGAAAACAUCAGCGUGGUGCAGACUCACUGGAAUAAAACUUCUCAGAAUGAAAAAGAAAUACCUGAAGGACUGUUAUGCUGGGCUCAUUUGAAUACUGCUUAGAAAUAGUGCAGAAGUGUAUACGUGUACGAUUUUGCCUUAAACACCUUCAUUGUCAUAUUCAUGUUUUUUUUUCAAUCAAAAUUUUAAUGCAAAAUUUUUGCUAACACAGAGUAUUAGGGACACAAUAUAGAGCGGUAACAAUCAUAUCGCAGCUGACUUUGUUUCGUCCUUGUGAAAGUUAUGGAACUAUAUGAGGGAAAAAACUCCCUCAUAUUAUUAUUUUUAUUAUUUGCUGUGGAAAAGUACAAAAAAAGGCUGUUUCAUCAUUGCACCUACGCCCUCAUAGCAGUCAAACAUUGUCAGUUUUGACAUUGACGGUCUCAUUUGCUUUUGUGCAUAAAGAGACCAUUUCGCUCUGUUUCCUAACCAAUUAAAAACUUCACACAGGUGCUUCAAUUUGCAAAUUUUUGAACCUUUUUCUUACAAUUUAAGAGAACUGUAAUCAUAUUUUGACAUGUUUUACUCAAAGCAUCACAACGUUAUCACUCAAAUCACUUUUUUUCUGCUUUUUCUAUCACCCUCUGUUGUAGAUACAAAAUAAUUUGUAGCAUAUGAACAAAAGUAGCGUUAGAUUUUGGUUUCCUUUUAGUUUUUUAGUACUGAGACAACAAUAAAUUUUCCAUCUGCCAUAUUUUUUUCUUACUUUGCAUCCCAAAACUCGUGACAUCCUGAGGAUUAUGUCAGUUUUUUAACGAAUCAUAGUCCUAACAAAAAAUGUGCCCAAACAUCUUAAGAAGCCAUGAGAAACUGCACAGUUUAUAAUCCACAGAUUCAAAGUCUGUGCCUGCUGAUGAGCAGUCUGUCUCCAUAGUGACGCUAACUGUGGAUCAGGUUUGUAAAACGAGCACAAAAUAAGUAAAUCUUGCUUCAAGAUCAACUCAAACUGUGUAUAAAUAUCAAUUUAGGCUCAAAUUGCGGUGGGUCCAGAUGUCUAAACUGAUCGUUCUGGUUUCUAUGUUGCUCUUUAUUUUCUAACCUCACAUCUGAGAGGCUCGAUAAAGCUUUUAUCAUCUAUGUGGUGGUUUUUAAGUGUUGAUAUAAACCACUACAGCUCAUACUUCAAUUUAGGAAAGACUUAACUAACUCAAAAUCAACAGUGAGAAAGAAAUCCCACUCCCUCAGCUGUUAGGAUUUCACAGCACAGUCAACCCAAAGAGGUCUUCAAACCCGGGACCUAAAGGAGCCGGGAGCCUAAUGAAAGCCAAGCUUUAAUGUCUUGAAUUUAAAAGCAACACCACCGGCCUCAGAAAAACCAACAACUCCAUCUGACAAAGAUGUUGGCACUCCCACUCGAGGCCUGAGGCCAGCGCUCUGCACAUCAGGGCACGCUGCCUUUGAGCUGGAAGACUCACAGAACUAAAAAGAGCGGCUCUAUGUUUUCCUUUAUAAGAAAUCAAACAGCAGUGGUGGAGAGGGAAAAGCUAUAAUCCUUGAAAUAAAGGUCUAAAUUCAUUAGGUUCAGCACAACCUCAGAGACAAAUGCAGGGAUUAAGAGUUACAAAUCCUCCAAAAAUACUUGGAAAAAUAAGAAAUACAUGAAGGCGAAAUGUCAGAGAGCUGGAUAAAAUGCAAGACAAGCAUUUCCUUUGACAGAUUACCAUCUAGAUCGUGAUUAUUUAAUGUUUGAUAACAGCUCACUGCCAUGUUUUCUGAUUUCUACCAUUUCAGUUUGUGAUAUUCGGCCUAAUAUUACACUCAAUUUCUUCAACACAACAGUGAAAUGUUAGCCUUGAUUUUUUUCAUUUAUUUUCAUGUUCCUCCCUCAUGCUGGAUCAUCCUUCAAACAGGAUGAUGUGUGAAGGAUGCAGCUUAAUGGCUCGUAUAGAAACCGUGGCCUCAAUCUGCGAUUUCUUUUCAUUACAGACUCAGAGGGAAAAAUAAAUCUCUCUUCUUUGUCUUGCCUUUGUCAUGGCGAAAGAUACACGGUAGAAGUCUGUUGGAAAUUGUUUGGUAGAACGUUAUGAUGAAAAUCAACUACAAAACGAUUUCUGCUAGGGCUGCAUGACAUUGAAAAAAACCUAAAAUUGUGACUUUUCCCCUUUCUAUGAUUUAUUUAUUGCAUUGUGAUAAAUACAAAAUGCAUGUUUACAUUCUACAGUCAUGUAACAUACAGAUAAACACACCUGUGUCCAAGUGAGAGGCUUUCAAAUGAAUGUCUGUCAUAGAUUAACUCUGGAUAUCAAGGAAGCAGUGACAACGUACCAUGUUAAAGGUUGAAUACGUGACAUAACUUGACUUGAGCACAACUCUGAUGCGCCAUAAUUUUGAAAGGGGUCUGGCUGCAGACCUCCACUGUCAGGACCCACCUCCAAUGAGAGGACCCGAGGUGACAUUUUUUCUUACACACCCCCAGGUUGUUUGAAGUCGUCAUCCUGUUUUGUAUUUUGUUUUUGUUUUUUGAACACAUGAAUACAAAGAAAAUCAUAUUAACAUUAUAUACAUAAAAUAAAGCCCCAAGAAAAGACAUAUUCACAUGAGACAAAAAUACAUACUUCUACUUUUAAUUUAAAAGGCUUCGAAUCAAUUUCCAAUUUAAAUAUUUAAAAUUUUUAAUUUUAAAUUUGAAAAGAAACCUCUCCUGGUAUAUUUUCUUUUAUUUUGAAAUGCUUUAAAUUUACUUCCGCCUUAAAAAAUAGUACUCUAGUAUAUUUGCUUUUAUUUUGAAAGGCUUUAAGUCAACUUCCAACAUAAAAAAAAGAAAAAAAUUACUCACUGUAUAUUCGCUUUUAUUUUGAAAGGUCUUAAAUCAACUUCGGUUCUUAAAAAAAAAAAAAAAAACCUUCCUGGUAUAUUUGCUUUUAUUUUGAAAGGCUUUGAAUUUACUUCCAAUGUUAAAAAAAAAAACAAAAAAAACAUACUCCCUGUAUAUUUGCUUUCAUUUUGAAAGGCUUUAAAUCAACUUCCAACAUUUAAAAAAAUACUCCUGGUAUAUUUGUUUUUAUUUUGAAAGGCUCAAAAUUAACUUCCAAUGUAGAAAGAAAGAAAAAAAAAAUACUCCAGGUAUAUCUGCUUUUAUUUUGAAGGUCUUCAAAUCAACUUCCGGUCUGCUCAUUUGAGGUGGGUCCUGACAUUAGUGGUCUCUCCUUACUAAUUUCUGCCACUGAGGAGGUCUGAGAGGGUCUGUAACCCUCUGAACAGUAUGCAGAUGUAUUGACGUCUAUUGUCUUCACCGGGAGGCAUUUCAGCUUCAUGUGAGGAAUGUUGUGUGGAGCGUGAAAUAGUUUCAUAAAGCUGAAGGGAAGAAGGUGUGUUUGAUUCAUAACGGUCUCAUAUCUGAAAUGAAGAGCACUCUCAACCGUGGCUCCUUUUUUUUUAUGCCAUCUGUUGUUUAGACGCCAAAAUGUAGGAAUCUGCAUAUCUCAGAACUAAUGAGAAAGUAAUGGGCCGUCACAAAAAAAAGUUCAUGAAUACGUGCUUUGACAUUACGUGGGAGCAGUGACGCGUCUGUGUUUUGUUUCCCAUUACACAAAUGUCUUUUUUCCCUCUGGCUGACUUCAGAUUCUCUCUCCUCCCAGUCGAGUUAGAAAACACCUCUACCUGUUUCUUUUCUUCUCUUACUGUGAAAAUCUCUCAAUCCACUUGCCUGUCUGUAGAUUUGUUUACAAGACAUCAGCUUUUUGAAAACACUCCAGAACGUGCAUGCAGGACUAUUAUUUUGAUUUAAUUUCACAAGUCUGUCGCUUCUAAUGCAGGAGAGUUUACAUUAAUUUACUGUAUAAUACACAGCAACCAAUGUUUGGACUGUUGUGCUAGACUGACACUCAGGUAUUUUGGCAGGUUUGCAGAAAGUAUCUCCACUACAUUGAAUGAGGAACACCCUUCGUCUCGCUCUUAACACCAGAGCAUGGGUACAGCCCCUCCCCUCAAACAGUUCUCACUUUUACUUCAUUAUAACCAGCUCGGAUCAACCUAAAACAAAGUUCAGGAGCAUGCGAAGAUUAAUGUAGACCACUGAAUCUACAACAUGUUGUGCAGCAGCGGUUCAAACUAGUGUUGGGCGGUAUCAACAAAAUCUUAUGUCACGGUAUGAGUAAUUUAAUAUCAAGGUAACGGUAUAUAUUCUAUUAAUUCUGUUCUAUUAAUGGUGUAAAAAUAACCAUACAGUCACAUUUGUUCAUUUUCCUUUUAUUUUUUAAACUCAGAUUUGUAUAAAAUGCUAGUGAUUUUUUAUCAUAUGGCGUACCUUUGGCAAAAGACUGCCAAGCUCUUUUGCAUGAGGAGCUGCUGCUACUUCAGUUUUUGGUGCAACAGGUGCUAGGCAUCUAUUGGCUCACAUAACAGAGCUUGGUGUGUUUCAUCUUUUGGUGGUGGAAGAGGUUGUUGGUGUUUCCACCUCCAGCAACGACAGCCACACGACGCUCUUUGCAUAGUAUUGUUUCCUGAACAUUGUCGUAAUUUCUAAAUCCGAAUAAUCUCCAGAUAACCGAUGCCGUGACUCACGUCCUUUUUCGGAACGAGUUCCUCCUCCUCUUCCUCAUGUUGGGUGGGUCAGGCUCCCACUAAUCUAUGUGUCUGCCAUUACCACCACCAGUGAUGCUGUUUCUUCUUCAUCAAAACUAUGCCAAGCAGUCAGCUGGACAUGCUGGUGAUUAUAGGUAGCGCACCCAAACCUGAAACUCCCCACAACAUGCUGGUGAAAAUACGUAUACGCACCUAAACGGAUGCGCUUCGGCUUUCCUAUUAGCGAGCGCAGACAACUACACACUGACUCAGAGAGAUGCAGCAGACAUCUGCUCUCUCUCUCCCAUUAAACAGUAUCGUAAAAUUUCGACCAUACCGUCAUACCGCCCAACACUAGUUCAAACUAUCAGGCAGCAACAGACAGAGAGAGGAGAACAAGGAGAGGAGCAAAGCCGAAGUAGCAGUACAUAUGACUUAAAAAAUAUACAUCAUUCAAUUAGACAGUCAUGCUUUACUAAAAGAAAGGGAGUUGGCUCAGUGUGAAGACUUAUACCACUCCCACAGCCGCGUAAAAAAACACCCAGCUUAGCAAAUCAGCUUAGCUUUUUUGAAAGAUAGAUUCAAGGACACAAGAAAGCCUUGCACUGUCAAAAACUGGAAAACUGCACUCUGUGGGCAAGUCUGCGGUUCAGUAUAUAAGAAUGUGUGAUUUUAAAGAAGAUUGUUUCUGCGUUAUGGAGAACUACAACUUCACAUUUUAUUAAUGACUAUGUGAAUAAAAUAUAAAGUACAAAUGGGUUUUAGAGAAGCUGUCAGGUGGAUUUUGUUCAACUACCAGAUAGCAAUGCUGUGUGUUUUUUUCAGCUGUCAUAGCUAACAGGCUGUUGUCUGUACUGCCUGAAGGUUACUAGGAAGACACAAGAGAGUGAAAUAAUCUUGGUCUGCAACAACAAGUUAGAGAUGAUGAGAAGAAUAAAACUGCUGCACUUUGUAACUCUGUAAUGUACUUUCCAAGACCUGUGUUUAAAGACUGCUGUAGCCUGUGUUUGUUUGUGUGAAGCUUUCAGACAGUUUUCUUAGCCAGCAGUCUAAAGUUCCAGUAAAAAAAAAAACAUGUAAUUCUCACACUGUUUACAGGCUUAGUGUACAACAUAUUACAUGUAAAUAUCUGGGUUUUAUAAGCCUAAAAAUGAAGUUUGGCUAGCUUAGUGGAAGGCUAAGUAUGAAGCUUAUUUAAGUUGUUUAGCUUAGCGUGGAAAUUGCAAGUAGUGAAGCAGCGAGGCUCAAUCUCCCAGAGUCUAAAAAAUACUCCAAGUGUCACAGCUUAAGCUCACCAACAAACGGAAUAAAAAUAAAACACUUUUUUAAUUAGGAGGGAUUUUUCGCUGGUUUGAUUCAGGGCUGUGUCAUUGCAUCUUUUGCAGGUCGUGUCUGCUGAAGUCCAGAGCUUCUAAUUUUCUCUCUUUUUUUAAGUGGUGAAAAGGAAAUUCUCCUGCUUGUAAAUUAGACUGGUUUAGAGGUCAGGUUUGGAAAAUUUUACUUUGAGGCAAAAUUUGUGCAGCUGUUUCUCCCAAGUUUUAGAAAAUCUUACUUUCUGUUGCCUUGAAUUUGCAACAAAGACUUGAGAGAUUUCAAUCUAUUUAUUUGCAUUGAGACCUAUAGUGCUUACUUUAUGUAAUACUCUUUGUAGUGAUUGUUAAGUCUAUGGUAAAAUGCUCUACAUACUUUAUAUUUAUGGCGUUUUACAAAAGAAACAAAGAAAACUAAAAGAAAUUGUAUCUUUGUAUGAGAAGCUCUUCUGACAUUUUCCCCUUUAGAAAGAGAUGCGGUUAGUUUUCUCUCCAUCUGGACUUUGUUGUUGACAAAGCCGAUCUCAAAGCUUUCACCCCUUUUAGAUUUUUUAGAGGAGUGAAAUUGACUAGUGUGGCAGUGCUUCAAAAGUUAAACUUUUUUUUCACCUGAGAGCACUGCAACAAACAAACAGCUGGCCUUGGAGGCUUUUUCAGGCUUAGGACACUUAGCCCUGAAAACCGUGAACUGCACUGGUUUGAUAUAAAAGACAGGCACUACCAGUGCUAAGAACACUUUUAAAAGGCAAAGGCCAGAAAUGAUCAUAUAUUUGACUAAAAACAAUUAAUUCUUUUUAUUUUUGUGUUUAUGUUGUCGUAAUUAAUUUAUAUGAUAAUAAGUUGAAUUUGCAAGGGUAGAGUCCCUCAUCGUUACCUCAACAUGGGUUCCUCCAGCCUCUGAUUGGUUGGUCCAGUGAUGAUCAUUGUGGCUUCAAAGAUUUAUGGAAAUAUGCUUAUAUAAGUUCAAUUUGUGUUUUUGGUGCAACAACAAUUAUCCACCAUCACUUCUCUGUACUCGGCACACUGACUCAAAACUUCAGGGCUGUAGUCCUCCACCACAUGAAUAUGCUGGCCCCAGUACUUCAGCCUCCCUCUUCAUCAAGCCUCCCGGAUGAGGAGAUCUUUUAUCCCGUAGUGGUUUAAUCGGAGAAUGAUCGGGCGCGGUCGCUGUCCCGGGGCCAGUUUGGUAGUUAAUGAGCAGUGGGCUCUGUCAAUCUCCUGUGGGGACUGCAGUGUGUCCUUCCUUCACACAGUAACUCAAAAGAAUUCAGUAAGGCGCCCGCUUUCAAUUGACUCCAUCAGGCCCACUCUGCCGUCUGCUUCGGCCUUCUAGGUCGGUGACUUUGAUCUUGAGUUUAGAGUUGUCUGCCUGUGGACCGGAGCAUAUGUUGUCCAGCUCUCCGAGACGUUGGCUGAGGUCGUCGGCAGCCAGCUCGAGGGACCCCAGGCGUUGACCAUGGUCUUCCACUGUAAACUGAACUUGGUUGAACUUAGCUUGCAGCAGGCUAAAAGACUUUUUAAAGUCAGCGGCUAGCGCCUAGCAGUGUUGCUCCAGCAGCACUAAGACAGCAUCAACUGUUAAGCUAGCUGCCGAUGAUGAAUUGUCCUUUUUGGAAGAUUUGCCACUCUUCAAAGUCAUUUUAUACUCGACCACAAUAAGAUAUUUGACACCAAUAAAUUACAGCAAGUUGUCGUCGUAUAAUGCCAGAAUGAAAUGUUAUAAGAUGAAAAGACGCAGGAGCUGCUCUCUGUUGCUUCUACUCCAUGUGGCCGCUUAACCGGAAGUCAACCACAAUUAUCCAGCCCUAACCAUUAAGCCCCAUUAUUGCAGAAACUUCCUUGACAUUGGAUAAAUGUUUGGUCACAUUUAACCUGAUUGUCUGUUCCCUUUCUAGACGGACUGCUCCAGUGACAGCGAGAGCGAGGACAACUUCAUCGUGGUCCCUCCCCGAGACCAUCUGGGCCUGGCCAUCUUCUCCAUGCUCUGCUGUUUCUGGCCUCUUGGGAUCGCAGCGUUCUACUUCUCACAGGGGGUGAGGACCCACACAUGCAUUCCUGUAUAUACAUCACAACAAAAGCCUUCUGUUUGCACACAUGCUUUUGAAUCUAGCAUGUGUUUGUUGUCGUCCAACACUACAGGUGCAACUUUCCUCCCACACAAACAAACCCAUUUCUGUGGAUUUAUUGGCAUCCACGUACACACACACUCGCACACACCUUGCUCUGUGCAUGAGUCAUCGCCAGAAGAUUAAGGGCUAUCAUACAUAAAAAAAGAACUGACAGCAGACUCUCCCUCUGCCAGUGCAAGGCCACUUUUUACCGAGCUACCCAUCAAUAACUCAAGGCCGAUCUGUAAUGGCUGCUUGAUGCUCAGCAAACAGGCUGAGAGACGCCUUUCCGAUGAGUUUAUGAAUCACUUUCAAGGAAGUCCAGCAAAGGAAGUGUUGGAAAUACUAAGAUGAGGGGAAGCCUUUGAAGUGUUGGGUUUUUCAGGAGAAUUUAAGAUCAACCCAAUUAAAGGUGUGCCAAGGUAUUAAAAGUGAUGAGCUCUUACAUACUUCACAUAGCCUUCUCGGAGCUGAAGUCUACAAGUAUAUUAGGAAGGAAGACUUCAAAACAUGCUGGAAACAAGCCUUGAACUGUCUUUUGUGUAGCCUUCGUUUUAAGAAGCUACUUUAUUUGUCUCUUUGGUUUUCACGCACAGGCGUUGCCUUACAUAUUAACUUUGAAAGAUCACAUAUUUAAACCUCAAAGACACCCGUUUAAUGAAUCAUCUUUAAAGGGAUAUUCCGGCGUAAAAUUAAGUUAGGGUCUAACACACCGUAACACAGAGUGAGACACCCCGCCGAGGGAUAAAUGUUGCAAUACAGAGAGCCAUGCACUCAACCAAAACGCCACUCUAUAGCCACAAAUAAUGCUCAGAACAGCACCUAACUUCAUCAACAGGACAUAUAGGGUCCCAGCCACCAAACAUCUUUUUAAGCUUUGCCUGAUUUCUUUAGCAAACAGACUCAUCCACUCUCUCUCAGCAGCUGCUUGUUUGUACGGAGACCUCCAGGCGAGUCCAUCGACUGCAGUGGAGUUUCGCAGCUCAAGGAAGAACAUUUAUGAUCAUUUCCUUAAAGUAAUAAUCACCAUAUUAAUCAUUUUGCACUGCAGACGUGGUAGUUCUUCUGCCUUAGUGUCUCGGUCUGAUUGCAUUUCCAUGAGGAAAUGAUCAUAAAUGUUCUUCCUUGAGCUGAGAAACUCCGCUGCAGUCGAUGGACUCGCCCGGAAGUCUCCGUACAAACAAGCGGCUGCUGGAGGAGAGUGGGUGAGUAUCUUUGCUAAAGAAAUCAGGCAGAGUGAAAAAGAUGUUUGGUAGCUAGUGCUAUGGCUAGGACCCUUAUAUGUACUUUUGAUGAAGUUAGGUGCUGUUCUGAGCAUUAUUUGUGGGUAUAGAGUGACAUUUUGGUUGAGCGCAUGGCUCUCCGUAUUGCUAUCCUGCGGUCGUUACUAAAGUGGGUAUAACUAGAGAAGCAAUUGGUUGGCAAAAUUCAUCUCUUGCCAGGGUGUCUAACUCGGUAUACCGUGUGUUUGACCCUAACUUAAUAUUACGCUGGAAUAUCACUUUAACACUCUGUUCAAACCCUGUAUGGAUAAUAGAUCUGCAUUCAGCAACAAAUGUACCAGGAUAGGCUUUUAAAAAUAACACUUCCACGCUAGAGAUUUGGUGUCAAGACGAAUGCGCAUUACCAGAAAGUGCAGGAGGAACUCUUAUUUGGUUUUAGAUUGCUAUCUGACAAAUAAGACAAAAGCAUCUCUCUUAGUUUGAAGCUUUUCCAAUAUGUUCUCAGUUUAAGAAUUGGUGAACAGCACUUAUCGGCUGUCUAAUUGAUUCCAGCUGGACUUUUCCUGCCUCUUUUCAAUACAGUAAGGAAACAUCUCCAGUGAUGACGUGUCAGUCAAACAAAGAGUGCAGAGAUCACGUCUUCUCCUGCUGCUAAUCAAUUCUGCCUCCCCGAGAGGCGGAUAACAGCACAAACUCAUGUGCAGUGUGUAUUUACAAGCACAAGCAAACACACAAAACUGUACACACUCAAGCCUUCAGUAAACUGUCCGUCCUUUGACUAUAAAUUCUUAUCAAAAGCCGGAGCGUUAAGCCGAGUUAUCUGUGGGUGCGAGCAGUCCACAGCAGAUUAAGGCGGUCAGUGAAUUAUCUUGUCAGGGGCUAAUUUGAUUCUUCCUGGGUAAUUAUGGGGAAGUGAUGGUUGUGUUUAGGGAUGGAUGGCUCUGCUGCCAAUCUCCGUCUUUUAGAAGGUGGUGUCUAGAAGAGCUGUAAGGAAAAGAUAUGGAGGCAGUCCGGGUUCGCUUCACUUUAUGGCUCAAUAAUCUACUUCACUGGCCUUCGUUUCAUUGAGUUAUUCAGGGGGCCCUUUCACUUAAUGAAUUAAUUCUGUAGGAGUUCGCAUGAAGGUAUUGUAAAACUGUAAUAAAGCACAGUCUGGAAUUGAAUUAUCAUUGUUAAAUCCUUACUUCUGAACUGUCUGUGUGAGACUCUUCACUGACCCUUAAAGUGUCAAAAAAAACAGAAAAUGUUUGUUUUGAUGUUUUCAAAUCACAGAAAAUAUGUUCUCCACCACAUGAAUGACUGAAAGUUUACCAAGUUUAUGAAAUUCUUUAACAAAAUUAUGAAGGAAAUUAGCAGUAAUCAUUGUUACAGGAUGGUGGGGCAUGUUGGAAUUGGAGACAUUUCUAGUUCUAUGUUGUUCAACACGUAUCAUCAUUUCCGUUUUUGCAUGCAAUUAAUUCCUGUCAGAUACACUCAAAUGCAUCACAGAAAAACAAACUUAAACAUGCCACAGAUGUAGCAGAAAUUUGAUUUUAUUAUUAUUAUUUUGUCAGCCCUAAAUGCAUCUUUCUUCAAUGCAAGUGUGUCUGUGUCAAAGGAGGGAAGAUUGGGGUGAUAUUUCAGCACACUUUGAGGCUAGGAUUUCCAUAUUAAAACAGCUCGGCAAACUCAAAGUCAUCAUCAAAUUAUUCAGUGACUUCAGAUCUUAACUUUUUUAACUUUGAACAACCAAUUAAAAGUAACCUACUUGGUAUAGUUCACUUGGACACCAAUCGGGAUGAGAAAAACUGUUUAUAUUGGAGCAAACUAGCUAGAGCUGGUCACCAGGGGGGAGCUCUAAAUGUUUUGGCUUCACUGUAUGUUUAAAUCAUAGACUGUAUAUACUAUGGACAACUUGGUUCCACUUUCCACCAGUAUACGGAUUUGAAGCCAAAAAGCUCUUGGUAUUUCCACGAUUUUUCUCCAUUUCCUGAAACCAACAUUGCGCAGAGGGGUCGCCGAGAGUCGCUUCGAUGACGCUCGGCUCAAACAGUGUAUCCCCUGGGUGAGCUACGCAAUCCUCGUACCCCCGUAGGCUGUAUCAAGUUUCAAUCGUAGAAAACAUGAACCUCCUCAUAACUUUUAAAAAUGAGGCUGUACAGACAAAAAGCUAUACUGCAGCCCAUCACCAGAGGGUGCUGUUCUCGGGUAGCUUCACCCAGCGAGGAGGCAGACGGCAUCUAUUCUAUAUACAGUUUAUGGUUAAUUCCCUGGUCAGUUUAAUCUGACCAUAUUUCUGGUCAUGAUACAGAACACUGGAACAAGAUUGCCACAUUUUGUUCUGUACACAUAAUAGUGAUUUUCUGAGUGCAGUAUGUGGACAUUUGAAGGUCAUUUGGAGGUUUUUGAUAGUGUUCUUGGUAAGAAUCAGUCCAGAAAAGACGGAUUUAUGUAAGAAAACUUAUCCGUCCAGUCCUUUCUACAAACUUAAACGCCUUCUUACGCUUUUUUUUCUGCUGGUGAGUCCUCCUUGCCUCAUAUAAGUAGAUGCAUAAUAGGAUUAUACAAGGGCAGCAGAGCAAACCGAGGAAAAAUGUUUCGAAAUGAUCCCAUAUCAGCGUUGUCACCUGCUCUGAGGACAUAUACAAACAAACAGGUUAGCGUCUGUAAUGGAGUCUGAGGACGGUGGAUCAAUAGUGUUUUGUUUUCCCGCUAGAAGGUCAGUCAUAGUUGAGCAGAAAGAGACGCUGAAUGGUUUCUCAAGGAUAGAAGAUGAGUGAGCGCAUAAACAAACACACAGACACACACAUACAGGAACAGACAAGCAAUUAUCUUCUGCUUUUAAUUGCUUCUAUCCUAUUUGGCAAAGACUGCAUCUUUAAUUCUGUGUAACGUCUUUAUGGUAAACAGCGCUUUACAUUGUUGGGAUUCAGCGUUUACCACCCACACACACACACACACACACACUUAGCCGGUAAUGACUGAAAUAGUGUGAGUAUCUGGGGAAAAUGAGCUUGAAGCAUUUGAUUGGGAAACAGAAUUGAGUUUCAAUUAUUGCCACUAAUAGGGUGAGUGUUUUGUUUUGGAGAUGCUGAUAAAUGUUUCUCCCUGCUUGGAGAUAUCUGCGCUGGAAAGUGCGGAGUUGAGGAGCAACAGCGGUUCUUUUCAUGAUUAUGCAAAUAAGGCUCCCCCUGAAGUUAUCUCAUGGCGUACUAGUCAUGAUAAUGGAUGAAAAUGAAUGGGCUAAUUAUUGCGGAACAGUUUGUAUAUUUGCAUUUGCAUCCUUUAAAUAGGGGGAGGUCGAGAUAUAGAGAAAAAGAGAAGGAUGAAUUGGGAAAAAAAUGGGGUUUAAUGUGGUGUUUAUUGGGCUGGAAAACCAGUUCAGGUUGCUGAAUUGACUUCCUAGAGCACAUGGCAAUAAAAGUCUCUGCAGCUAAGUCGCCGAUGUUAUCUUUCCCUCCAUGACACCACAUUUCAAUCAUUUUGUCAAGGUUGCGGCGAUAAAGUCUUAAUGCUUCUAACCAUUUCCCUCUCAAGGGGAUUCAAGGAAAAGAGCCUCACAUUGACAUGUAAUAUACAUUACACACGCGCGCACAUUCAUCUCUUUAGUCCGUAUUAUGGCGUUAUUAUACUUCGGCUUCGUGUUCCUCAGGGAGAGUCAUAACAUGCUUUAAUUUAAUCACUAGUGUGAAAGAGAGAAAAAGACAGAUAAAUCAAUUACACAUGCUUUGGCAGGAGAAAUGAAAUAACAGGCGUGUGUCCUUCAUCAACGUUUCCUGCCAGUGGUGGAGAGAAUGAAACCGUCUGCUGUCACAUCAUGACUCUUUUCAGGAUUUCUCCCUUUAGAAAGACCUUGCUGAGGAGGAGUAAUGCAUCCUCAAAAGGAGAUUGUGUUCUGUCUAGUUCGGAGAGUACACCUGAUUUCCCAUAAGACCUUCAUAACAGUGCUAUUGUUUCAAUAAUUACCGUAACGACACGCAGGCUUGGUUGAUUACAUGUUCUUUGUCUUGAUUAGCUUCUUGACCUUUUGAAGCAUUUUUCUACAAAGUCUUCCUCUCCCUCUCGCUGACUCUCAUCUGGCUCCCUUUGUCUCUGACUAUAAGUCUUUGUCUUCUAAAAAGCUUCUCGGUGCUAAUGGUACUGAGCGGAGGAGCCUCGAGCAUUUUCUCAGUAGUGACUUUGUGAGUUUGAAGUGAAAAUUUUCUUGUAUUUCUCAUAUUUAAGAGACGAUCCAGACUCUUUUGUUUUUGAAGUGCUUUAGAAAUGAAUGCUGCAUAAAGAGAAACGGUUCAAUAAAGAUUAUUUUUUCAAACUUGAAAUCAACCCUCACAUUAAAAAGUCUCGAGCUCUUGAUUACAGCAUUGCUUGAGCACAAUGAGCCUCUUGAAAUAAGCAUGCCGCCUAAUGAAAAAUAGCUUCUAUAGUAAUAAAGAGUCUGUUCUCUCUUCUUUUUUUUUUUCUUUUGUUUUGAAUUUGGAUGUGAUGUUUGUGUUCAACGCUUGGAUAAAAAGAAGUUCAAGGCUUAGAUUUUCAUCCUCAAAGUUCUUUUACUCUCACAAUCAUCAGAAAAGUCGUUCAACUUCUCGUUGCUGCAGUUAGUUAGUUGUUGAGAAACAAACAGAAACCUUUUAUUUAGAGUUAAUGUCCUUUCACACCGGGACCGUUUUUAUCGUACAAUUGUUUCGGGUGUCAAAUGUUUUUUUGAACCAAUACAAGCGUUCACAUCAGCGAUGUUUUCCCAUCCUGCGAUAUUGCGGCAUUUAUUUUUUCGGAUCACGGUCGAUUAUUCUAAAGUUUCGUAUACUAUGUGUCCACUUCUGACCAAUCAGAUUGCGUGUUGUUGCGACGUCAGAUUCACCAGUAUAUCCAACAUGGCCGACUGGCUGAUUGUUGACGUGUCGGAGAACAGAGUACUUUUUGAUAAAAGUCACAAACAUUACAAAGAUAACGACCUGAAGGACAACUUGUGGAGAGUCAUAGCGUCGGAUUUCUCAUAUGACGAUGGUUUCUGUGCUUUAACAGUUUGCUAAACGUCUUUGUUUUAACUUUCAUCUGUGCUAAGUAACUUUAGCUCGUAAGCUAACCUGUUUAGAUACAACAUACCAUAUGUAUUUUCACUGUCUCAAACUCAAUCCCGUUGCUGUCACAGCACCAUUAGGUCUCGGUUGUUACCUUACGUUUAUGGAUUAUAGUUUAAUGUGCUUAUCUGGAACUGGCCCCGACUCAGUACAUGCUAUCAUGACAGACAGACAUCUCAAUGCUAGAGUCUAAUCAGAACUGAAAAACACUCAGUCUGCUGUUGGGUCAGUCUUCUCGCUUCCACCCGGAACGCAUCUUUUUUCCCCCUGGAAAGACGCAAAAUCGCAUCGGGCUUAAUGUGUAUAGUCAGGCGCAUCAAAAUUCGCCUCAGAAUAUUUAAUAAUUUCGUGUCAUAUAUUUGCGUUGGUCUCGGUGUGUAAGGACUUUUAGACGCUACCCAUUUUGUAAUGUAAAUGUGUGUUGUUGAUUUUUUCCCUUUCUCUUUGUGGAGAUGAAGGCUGUUAUUUGUUGUCCUUGUUAAGUGUUGUUAUUGUUUUGUUAGUGUUAUACAUGUGAUAUUUCUAUUUGUCUUGUGGACUGUAUUUGUUUUAUGUGUGGGACCCCCUCGAAAACGAAAUGGGACAUCUCAAGGGCUUUAUCCCAUUUUGAUAAAUUUCAAAUUAGUUAGUUGAAUCAUAAAUCUUCAUAUUUUCUUUAAGAGUUGAACAUCUGAUGAUGAAGAAGCAAGCAAACCAGUGUAGCGUCGACAGAUAUCUUAAUCUUUAGAGCGAUGGGCUUUCAUGUUGUACAACUCUGAGCAGCCCAGAGCGCCUCACUCUGUCGAACUACAAAUUAACUUACUGAAAUAAUAAUGGUAUUUUAAUAUUUGAACAGACUUGAUUGAACAAGAUAAUCAAAGCAAAAAUGAGAUAUUAGAGUUUGAUGGCUCUCAGAGUGUUAAUACUGUAUGACUAACAUGUGAUGAACCAAGUCUGCCUUUUUUUCCCCCAAUAUUGACAGAUGCCAGGCUGAACAAUUCACGGUUUCUGUCACAUGUACUUUGGAUUUGUCUUUCCUGAGGGAUCUACUAAAAACACUUGUCAAUCCAAGCUAGACUCGACUGUUUGCCAUUUGGCUUUAAAUUCUGGAUUUUUCUGUCUAGGACGGCUGCACUGACUCUGUUUGCAUGACUGUAGUGCAAAUGUGCAGCGCUCAUGAAUAAUGCAGUGUUUUUUCAUUAUGCUCAGUGCAGUGUAUGGAUGAAAAGGUAGGAGUAAAUGCUAAAUAUUCAUUACAAAAAACAUCUGGAGAGAUGGCAAAUAUUUGUAUGGUUAAUUUAAAAAGACGGACCUGAAGCCUGUGUAUAAGCUGUUUUUUCCCCCAUAAUUCAUUGAUUAUAGAUUUUUAUUUGGAUAAAAGGCUUGAUGCCACAACAAUCAUUACCGGUAUGAUUUUUUAAAUUUCCCUAUCUCAUGAAACCACCAGGUUUUUAAGCGUAAUUUUUAGUCCAAGUUGUCAGAUAGCAUCCUUCAGCUCUCCCAAGGGGAUUGUUUAAGAGCUUCGGCAGAGAGGUUUUGGUGUUUCCAGCGUGAUUUACAUUUACCUCAGGCUUUCACUUCAGUUAGCAACAAACAGCACGCAUUAAACAACAGCAGCCACGGGGUAGGGUACCUGAAGCAGCUGGCUGCUCUCAGAGGGAAAGCGGUGGCUCGACUCCAAAGCCCUCCCAGACUUCUUAGAUUAUAAAUCUGUAAAGAUAAGUAAGGUUGAGUAUGAAGAGAUGCUUUUACACCGAGUCUUAGAGACUGUGAGGCAAGUCAGCAGAGGUGGGGGAAAGUCCUUAUGUUGCAAGUCCAAGUCGAGUCACAAGUCUUUGCUCUCAAGUCCGUGGCAAGUCCAAGUCGUUUGCUCUCAAGUCUCGAGUCAAGUCCAAGCCAACACAGACAAGUCCCAAGUCAAGUCCGAAUCCUGAACUUUUUGCUUGAAGUCCCAACCAAGUCCUUACCGUUUCUUUCAGGUCAAAAACAAGUCAGAUCAAAGCCAAAUGGUUUGGGCUUGCUGUAAGGUAUUAAGUGCCUUGAAAAGACUUGACUUGACUUUUCAAGUCACUGGGCUCAAGUUAAGUCAAGUCUCAAGACUUUAGCAAUCAAGUCCCAAGCGAGUCCAAGUCAUUUCUUGAUUUCAUCAAGCAAGUCAAAAACGGGACUCAAGUCCAAGUCGAGUCUCAAGUCGAGUCGUCAAGCCCCCACCUCUGCAAGUCAGAGGAUAAGACAAGGGUUUUUGCUUCGCUUUGGCUGUCAGUAUUCUAUCUAAUGCCACUGCCAGGUAGAAAAUCCGCCUCUAUGCAGACAACGUUACGAAAUAGCGGACAUAAUAUCUCCCAAAUGUAUCCAUCAGUAAAAGAUAGAAAAACCUCAUCUACAGAGCGUGAUACAGCGGACUGUCAAAUGAAAGUUCAGGUCUUAAAAAGUGGCCAUGGCCCCAGAGUUGUACAGCACACAGCAGCUCCAUUAUCAUUACAAUAGAGUUGAUAUAAUAAUGAAGGUCACCGGUGCAUUUCUUAAUGUGCUGAAAUACAUUCAGGAUGUUAUGUGAAAGUUUUCAUAAAUUGUAGUUGUGAUGCAGCCACAUAAAUUGUUGACACCGGCGCAUCUCAUUAUCUAGAAUGAAAAUAACAGAUUAAUUCGUGGUGACAUUUGGACUAAGAUGGAAAUUAGUUUUUAAGAAGACAAUUGAAAAGCUCCUGAAGUUGACGAACGCCUCUGUAAAACUUUUGACUACAGUGUCAGCGGGUGUAAUUUCUGCUUCAGCGCUUACCUCUAUUCAGCUGUAAAUGAAAACUGGAUAUCCAAGUAGACACCCAUCUCUUCCCCACCUUUCCUCCUUUGGCAGGAGAGUUGAUUUGAAGAGUAAAUAGCUGGAGGACAGACAGCAGUGCCAGAACUGUGAACACAUCAAAAGUGGAGGCAGUAUUCAAGGGACAUCUGACUGACAUUCAGAGUUGCCUGUGUUCAUUUCCUAGGAUCUGAUCAGUAAAUAACUUUAACCGGAAAAGCAAAACCUGGAUGCUUGGAUCCACUUCCUAGCUGAUAUAACUUCCUUCUGACUGCUUAAAGCCAGUCCAGGAAGAUGUUUCACUUUUCGCAAGGAACAUCGACGUUUGAGGAAACUUUUGGUAUCACUAGGCCUGUCGCGAUAAUCAAUAAAUCGCCUUAUCGCUCGGUAAAUAAAAACGAGGUCGGUCAUUUUGCCAGCCUCGAUAAUUGACGUGCGUUUGUUUUCCUCCUCUCUCGCUACCAAACACGCUGGAUGAGAGAAGAGGUCUCACUCUGCGCAUUUUUCUCGGCACCUGGGGGCGUUGGCUCUAUAGCGGAAUGAACGGAGUUAGUGAACCCUCCUGUCAGUGAUUCAGUGUCUUUGUCACAAGGGGGCUGGCGCGCACAGGCACACAGACACAGACUUUUGGAUACAGUGCUGCAAGUGAGCGUCGUGAGUGAAAAGCAAGCAAACAGAAUGAACACGACAGCUUUGGUGUCUAAACCGAACGCAACAGCCCAAGUGUGGGAAUAUUUCGGCUUUAAACCAGUUUUGUUUUCGUCAACCACAAAACUCCACGUGUGUGUGCGCGCGCGCGUGUGUGUCUGUGUGUUGGAGGAGCACAGCAGGCUGAUGAGAGCUGUCAGAGCGGACUGAAGCUGCUCCUAUAUGUUUAGCGUUUAACUGACUGAGUUUUGCAACUCUGUUCGUCAUUUUCGUCUCGUCCCAUCAACGUAAACGCACUUUCGUCUCGUCACAUUUUAGUCAUCUCCGACUUAUGAUUAGCUCGUCAACGUUACGUCUUCGCCAUGGGUGAAAUUAAAGUUUAUCACUUUUGACACGGUGUACUCGCAUUAUUAUGCCAUUUAAUAUCAUUAUCUAUAAUUUAAAAAACGGUGUCAAUAAUAUCGUUUAUCGGCAAUAAUUUGUAGCACAAUUAUCGUCCAGCAAAAUUUGUUAUCGUGACAGGCCUAGGUAUCACAAACUAUGUUGUAAAUUGAUCAAGUUUUCACCAUUUCUCAUAGAUUAAUUUGACUCUGUAGUGUGCACGUCAAGUCUUUCAGAUAAAGAUCCCUCAAGCAGUUUUUCACUAUUUAUGAAAUACUGAAAUUAUCUAUGAUGCCUCCUCAAGACCUAGAAAAGCUGAAAAUCUUGACAAGAUUGACAACUGCUUUGUUGUAUUUUUGAAGCCUGUAAACACUGUGAGGGGCAGCUGUCAGAUGAGACGAUUGGACGAUGGACAACACUGCAGCUAAAUUCUUAUUUUUAUUUGAAAAACAGCAGAUAGGCUCAAGAUGUGAUACAUUUCAUAAUUAAAAGACAGCAGAUUGAGACCUCUUGACUGAAAACACAUGCAUAAGACAAAACAAGGGUAUAUGUGAGAGGUAAUUCUUAUCCAGAGGGGGCGCCAAAACCAACACAAACAAGAGCUUAAAGUUUCCAUAUUAAAAGUGGGGUAGGCAGGAUCUGAGGAAGUGCCAGUUUUUGAGAAGAAAUCUUGAAUGUAAACUCUACCCCUCCCAACCAGUUUUCCCCUCAGCUCCUCCUCUCCCUUUUGUCUGUGCUCCAGCAAGCCCCGCCCACAAACAGACGCUCCUGCUCGCUCGUAUCUUUUCAAUUAAAUUUUGAUAUAACAGGAAACUCCUGACUGUGUUGGUUUAGCAGUUCUAGGGGUUUACGAUGUCACUCUCGCUGCUAUCAUCUGUGUUUUAUUUUGAAACAGCAGGUUGUGAUUUAAGCCAGUUUUUUGGGGGGAGAGUAAAACAGCUAAAAAGCAGGGCAAACAAGACAACAAGUAAAUGCUUAUUUUGCUAAAACUCUACAUUUUAUCAACAUCAUACCAUGUGUGCCUGAUAACUCCUUUCAAACACUGAACACACAGUUAAUAAUUGACUAGCUUGUACAGUAUUGAGUAUCUCCACCUCAUAUACUUAAGAGGGAAGUGUUGCUGUUGAGUGUAGCGCCUGAUUCUUUGUUUGAAAGCUUGUACAGCUUUUACUCAGGGCCUCUUUGAAGCACAGACGGGUCUUCGGGGAGCCAUCAAAGGAGAGAAAUCGCAGGGCAGAGGGCCACUAACUGAAGAAGCAGCGAAGAAAAACACUGCGCCUCUGGUCUUGUUGACGAGUUUGAUGCCUUUUUUUUAUCCUGAUGAGGUUUUGGUUCAGACGGCUCACAUGUUAAAGGAAGUGUUUUUUUGUUUUCGUGGGUUUCACAGAGCCAAGACAAUGGAACAUACUGUGCAGACAAAGACCCGUUGAAGGGCAAAAUAAAUAAUUUACAAUCUAAAGACUUCUGUGUGAUCUAGAAGUCUACUGAGCCCACAAGGCUAACCAUCGGUAGAAUGAGCGUGUUUAGGAAGAGCAUGCUACAGUACACAACAUCAGAUUUUCACCUCACGAUUAUUAUGGCCAUGAAAUAGGACAACAGCAAUAUUAUUACAAUAUUUAUGGAUAACACAUAACAUGUCAUAGUCACAGAAAGGUAAAUAAUGUAAUACGUAACAUGCUUUUAUUUUGACAUUUUCCCCAUCUUGUGUCCUGCAUUGCCAAGCUAAUCUUUUAUUUUGAAGUUCACCAUCCCAGGUAGAUUGUAAGUCACAGAACUCAAUAAGAACAGAUAGAAAGUAUAAAUGUUCAAUCGCUCAGAGGCAUGAGCUCUAAUGAUGUUUUUGGAUUCACGUUAAAACUUGAAAAUUAGCUCUAAAAGUGCCGAGUCAUCUUUCAGAGGGCUGCUUUAGCUAGUUUCCGAGCAGUCUACUACUUCUCCUUCGCUUUAGGAAAAAACAGGUCAUGCUUUUCAAAAUAGUCCUUUUCUGUGAAAGCAAUUAUGUGUUUGUUGUGUAUUUGCAGCAGGUCAGCUCUUGUGUUAUUUUUACCUCAGCCAAGGAGGUUAUGUUUUCGGUAGCAUUGGUUUGUUUAUGGAGAGAGUGAGAGAUGGAUUGACCUGAAAUUUUCACCAAAGGUGCGUCUCAGCCCCAGGAGGAUCCCAUUACAUUUUGGUGGUGAUCAGGACAAAAUUCUGGAUACUGUGAUCCAGAACACACAAAAUAAGGGUGUCGUUGGAAUUUUCAAUGCUGAAAGAUAACCAAUAGGCGGCACAGUGGUGUAGAUAGGUGGCGCAGUGGUGUAGUGGUUAGCAUUGUUGCCUCACAAUCAGAAGGUCCUUGGUUUGAAUCCCAGUUAGGGCAUUUCUUGUUUUAGGAACAGUGAACAUACCAGUUUAAACACAAAUAAACGUUAAUAAAAGACACGUAACAGUAAAAGUUUUGGUGUGAAUCACAAUAUAAGGGGGGACAUGAGCUGCUUGGCGGAGGUCUGCGCUCUCCGAGUGCUUUUCUAGUUGCAUCAUGUUAUCACAUUUCAAGUGUUGCACUUUUUUCACGUGUUUUUGAAUUUGCAUCAUUUCUGAAUUUGAGGCGUAUUUCUCCUCAUGCAGACCAUCUCAGCACAAAAGCUCCUGUUAGCAACUUUUGGUUUGUGUGAGUUCUGGCGCCCCCUGUGCUGGUUUGAGGCAUUAAAAUUAACAAAAUAAAAACUUCUAAUCUUGUUUUUCUUUUAUUUUGCAUUUCUUUGACAUAAAAAAAUCUAUGUGAAUUUCAUAGAUGUAAACAAAAAACACAUCCUCACUGGUGUGUUUAAAAUAAAGGUGCUUUAAUGUAAGGUGAACUGCUUCACUGCACGGAGCAUUGCAGGCAGUUGCAAACAAACAAGUCCUUCAAAUGUUCUUGUUUUCAAUUUGCUGCUGUCAAACCCGGAAAUAUACUUCAGCUGUUUUAGAGUUUGAGUUACUCACACUACAGCAGAGUCGGAGCACAAGUGUUAUUUAAGCAGAGAGGUUAGCACAGCUCUGCACAAAGGAGCCAUAUGUGCCAAAAGAGGGUUGUUAAGAUGCACUAUAACCUUAAAUACACUGUAACUGGGUCAUGCAGAGGGGGGGUUGUUGUCUGGAGAAACAAGUCUGAAACCUCUCCGCAACAAAGCAAUCAGAACACAUGAAGAGGCGGCUUUUUUAAUGACCUAUAUAAGCUUUUAAAUGUUAAGCUUUCACCUCUCAGCACAAGGUUUCCACAUGUCCUUUGAAAAUAUUGUGUAAUGAGUAAAAGUAGUUUGACGGAGCUCUUUGUUGGGGGUUGUUUGAUAAAUCUGCUUCUCUCUCGUGUCAUUUAUCAUUCAGCGCUGGCAGAAAAAAAUGACCAUAACCUUUGCUCCUUGACAUUUUCACUCUAAUUGCCAUUUUUAUUCCUGCCAUGCAUGAGGAGAUCUCCUGGGUUGCUGCUCCUUCGAUUGUUCCGUCCUCCGACUCCAUUUUCCUUUCAUUUUUUUUUUUUUCACACCGCCACAGAAAUAACACACAGCUACUCUGUAAUUAUGAUUCUUUUGAAAAAUGGGUCAUUCUUCCUCUUGAGGUGCCUCUAAAUUGUCUGACUUUCUUCUUCUUUUACAUUUUUUUCUCUCCUCUUCAGACCACCAAGGCAGUGAACAAAGGUGACUUCCCACUGGCCAACAUCGCUUCUCGACGAGCUCUGUUCCUCGCAGCCCUCUCCAUCACUAUAGGCACCGGCGUGUACGUGGGGGUGGUGGUAGCUCUCAUUGCCUACCUUUCGAAACCAGGACACAUAUAGCACUUUCUGCGCCUUCCCCCUGAAUGCACCUCCAGGGAGCCCGGGAAGGAGAACGACCUCCUCCUGGGAACAGCUUUGCUGCUGCUGACUUAAAGGAAAGUUUUUUUUCCGGGGAUGUACAGUUUUUGCCUCCACCUUCCUUUUCUUUACAACUUUCUCUCCCUUCGGCCCUCUGUCAGCCAGGAUUAGACGCAGUGACUGGAGAGAGGUCAAGCUGGAGGGUGAGGAGACGGGGAACUGGGGAAAGACAAAGGUCUUUUUGUUGGUACAGAAAGAUGACUCGAGUAAUGGAUAUAUUCAAAGUUGGAGUCCAGUUUGCAUCCCAUUGACUAAGGCAAGAUUUUCAUCAUCCAAGACCUUAACAGAAGCGUUAAGGAGAAAAGACAAACACUGAAACUAUUCAAACUUUGGCAUUUGUUAAAAAGCAAAAGUUGAGAAAGGUUAGAAAUCAAAAUCACUCUUAAACCAGCUCUGUGUUGUUGUUCUUUGCGCUCCAGUUGAAAUCGUAGCCUCUCUGAGGAGUCCUGUCUCCUCCUGUCACAGUUUGCCACACAGGACUGUCUUUAAUAGACCGUGAGCUUCCCCCAUCAACUCGAAACACUAAGACUGCAUUUGUCCCCGGGCUGACUGCCUCACAACUUCUUAAAUCAUCAAACAAAGGACAGCUUUUACUUCCUGGAAAAAAAAGAUGCAGAACUUCUGAAAGUAAUUUUGUUCAACGAGGAAAAAAAUCGUGAAAGAUGAAAAACAUUAAGAUGCUACGUGUUUCUCGUCGAACAAUGUGCACUGGCAUGAACUGCAAGAGGCUCCACGGAGACUCGGGCCUGUAUUUUCCCUCUGAGAAGGUGUCUAUCUAUCGAAAACAUGCCCUGAAAUCACACAAAACCUGCUUGUGCUGGUAUUAUUCGUCAACAUACAUGCAAAUGUUUGUUUUCCAUGUUUGUCUCUUUGUGUUGUGGAAGCCGCCUUGAUUUUCCUCAUAUUAAGGAAGGUUUAUUAGAAGCCUUUGAGGUAAAGCACAGAAACAAGGUGUGCAGUGCUCCCCCAACGAAAUAUCUGGUAACACAAUGUCAAAUGAAACAUCAGCCCCACACAAAACAACAGGAAGUCAUGAAUCAGGAAGAUAAUGUCAUGAAAAGGCCUCCAGGGCUGCACAUAUAAACAAAAUAGUCUCAGUCUGGCAGCCUGAGAUUUAGCGGUGAUCAGUUAUUCUCCCCAUGACUUGAACUAUGCUGGCGGUAUACUGCUAAGCAUGAUUGAUCAGAUAUAAACUCGAGUUUGUCAGAUCAUAAAAUCGCUUCACCUAAAAUUGAUCAAGCGGUGAAGGAGGUUUUAAAAUGCACAAUACUUAAUCCCACAUUCCCCAAAGCAGCUGUUCAAAAAAAGGACUUUGUAGCAAACAAAAAAAAAAAGCACCGAGUGUUUUCAAUUUGUCCCCCGCCAAGAAAAGCCACAACAGAGAAAUUCACUGACUCUCUUGGUAUGAAGGGCUUUUUAAUCACUGAGAUUUUAGGGUAUUUUUGCUCACAGAUUAUAGGUAGUCAGAUGCUGCUUCAAGCGGAGAAGCCUCGUGAGGUGACAUUAUACACUUACUUUCUCUGCACAAGUCCCGCAUUAGUCAUACCUGACAUUUAUGGUGCACAAUUAGCUCAGCGUAAUGGCUUUUUCAAAAGUGAUGUGUACUCUCUGGAGCAUAGCCCCAAAAAUAGCACAACCACAUUAAUUUCACUAAUAAGCCGCUUUUUGGCGUCGUUGGUCGCUGUCACACCCUGCGAGUAAACAAUCCAUUUCCACAUCCUCGGCUCUGUGAGCGUUUUUAAAGUCAGUUCUGUUGUGCUAAUGAAGAGUCGAUGUUGCUCAUGUUCACCAAGAGCGAAUAUUUCCAGUGAGAACUCAAAUUAAUGACAAAUUUUGGCUGCCUGUAUGAGUAAACAUCCAGUUUUAUUUUGGUGAUUUGCAACCAAAUAAGGAGGAGUUGAAUGUCUUGAUUUGUUUGGAGUUUUAAAGGUGUGUUCAGACCAAAUGUAAAGAAUAUUCUGUCUUAAACCUCUGCGAGUUUAUGAAAGGGAUCAUGAAUGUUCAGAUCAGAAGCAGCAGCUUUAGAUUUGAUGAGAAAAAGCUCAGCAGUAUCUUGAUUUAUUAAGAUUCCGUGCAUUCUGUUGCAGCUGCAAAGCUAAGUGGCAAUUUCCAUCGCAUCCGGAACAGCUACGAAAAGGCCGUAUCCACCGAUCACAGCUGAUCGUAACCAUUCAAGUUAAUGUGUCAAUUUCCACCGGCUUCUUUCCAUUCUGCUCCAGAUCGCCGGACUCUGCAGCUGAUUGCAAGAGUUCUGUUUUUUCCGGAUGCUGGAGCAUGCUGGGUAAAUUCAGCACAGAUUAACCCGUGCUGGAAAGGAAGUCGGGCACAGACACAAUAAAACAUCCGGCUUCUUUUCAAAAUAAAACACUCCGUGUUUCAGGCGGAUCGUGUUUCACACCAUGCAAACGGGCGGGGAUGAACAAGUGAAAGGUUUAUAGAUGUCAUUUCAUCCCGAUGACAUGAUUUUGUAAGUCUAGAAGUAGAUUUCCUCCUCUGGAAGGACAUAAUCUACUGCUUAUGUGGUUAGCCUCAGACAACUUGUUAUCGGGCGAUUGAAUCCGCAGGUUCUUGUGAGUUCUUGCGAUUCCCACUGUUCGUAUCAACCACGAAAUUCAUCUCACAAACAGAUACGGUAGGAAUUGGCGCACAGCAAAAAUCGCCACUGUUCUUGUUCAGAGCCGUUCUGGUUCAGAGCCGUUCCGGAUGCAGUGGAAAUCCCAGGUAAGGGGUCUCAUUUUCACAGUUAAUAGUAAACCACACAGGGACUGACCCGAAUAAGCCUGAAUUUCUUUUCAUGUCUUCUCAAAGUAACACAAAGACAAACUAGUUGCCAAAAUGAAAUUAUCAUGAAGCACGUUUGGAAAAAAAAAGUUCCAGUUCUUGUCUUUCUGGUGGGUCUCAGUUUCACUGUAAAGAGUAAAGAAAAUAGAGGCUGCACUCUUUUGUGAUUAUGCAUAUUUAGGUUCCGUCGAUUGCAUAAAUAAGGAUCUAAAUUUGCAUUACCUGCUGCAAAUUUCCCCUAACAUUACCAUGCCUCUUUACGUUUGAUCGAACACACCUUCACAUCCACUGAAUUCAGUUUCAAGUCAUCCUAUGAGCUGUUAUCACACUGUCUAUGUUGAACCUUAUGACCUUUGAACCCUCUUCACCGUAUCUGCCGAUGCUAACUCAUGAGCUACCUAUCUCGCACCAGUGUUCUCACUCACCAUGCCCAUGACUGUAACUAUACUGAAGGACUCUGAACGUCUGCCGUCGUCACUCGGAGAGUUUCAUUGCUGUUAACGAUGAACAUGCUUUGUGUUUUGUAGCCUGUCAAUCAAACAGUGUGUUUUUAUUCAGCUUCUUUGGCAACCUGGCAACUGUGCAAUGUGUAACAACAGUAUGUGGGUGUCAAUGCUGUUGUUAUUUCUUUCUUAUUGUGAUGAGCUGAUGCGCACAUCAACCCGACAAAGACAUUUGCUGGAUGCCUGGGUGAUGGCGCGCUCUCUCUCUGUGUUGUGCUCCAAAGCCGAAUUAAAGAAGAUUACAUUUUUUCAUAUUUAUGUUUGGGGAUUUUUUUUUUCAUAUCUUGUGUUAAGGCUACAUGUACAUAGUGCAAAUAAAGACAUGCUCAAAUGUAAUGACAAAUAAAUCAGAAAGGAAGGACGGCCUUUCUUGAAAGCAAAG